CCCAGACGUCAUCGCUGCCGUCACCGUAGGAGAGAGGGACCUCAUAGAGCGGCGGGCUGAGUGAAAAGAGCCUACUUUUGUUGUUCUUGUUGUCCGUGCUCCGCUCCUUCCUCCCGGGGGAAGCAGCAACGCGGUGAGUGCCUGCUCGUCACGUGACCCGGCUGGUGGCCGCACCGUGCUGCCCAGGACAAUAAGGGGCCAAAUGUCCCCCCCACCCCCGGAUAAACCGGGCCGUGCUGGGGGCCAAGUCCAUGCACAUGUCACUGGACCCAUGUGUCCCCUCUCCUAACCCUGGGUGUAAUCAUGGCCCCCUACUACAUUAACCCCUCUGUCGCUGGGGGUGCUCCUCUCAGCCUCUGGUGCUGGAAGGGUUAAUGUGUGGUGGCCAAAAAAAAUCCUUUGUACCCCCCUUCCCAGCACUGAUGGCUGAAAAACCUUCCAAAUAUGGUAGGACUACAACUCCUACAAUGCCUGUCACAUCUUUAAGGCUAAUAAAGCAUCAUGAGAGUUGUAGUCCUUCUGUGGUUGGAGAGAGAGGUGGGGGGGGGGCUUGUUUUUGGCACCCCCCUUGCCUCUCAGCAUGCACCCCCUCUAAGGCUCCCAGUGCUGGUGGGGGGGGGGGUUACACACACAUAUUGGGUUAGAGUGUAAUGCAUUGGGAAUCUUUUUUUUACAGGGAACUGGUUACUACAAUAUCAUAUAAAAUUCUAACAACUUUGAGUGAGUUCAUAAGAGCCCUCUACACUAUUGUGUUCUGCACUAAACUCUAAAUUGUUACAAAUUAAAGGUUAUUUUCAAAAGUAGCGGAUUUGGAAGAAGAAGAAAAAAAUAAAAUAAUAAUCUCCAUGGCUGCUAUGGUUUUUGCCAGAAUUUUGUUAAUUCUGUAAUUCGAUUUAGAAUGUUGUUCAAUUCAGAGUUUAGUGAUGGAAUUAGAGAUCCAUGUUGUACGUACAUGUAAUCUUAACUGUUGCUCCACGCCAAGUGGUCUUCAUUAUUUGUAAACAUGUAAAGCAAUAGCAUUCUAUUGCAUUGUCCUUUUAAUCCUCCAUUCCCAACCAGUUUCUGAUCUAAAAAAUAUUCACGUAACAUUUAUUAAAAGUGAAGGAUGAUGCAUUGCUAGUACAUAAACAUGUAACAAAACCGCAAUAUUGUGCAUAUAUUGCUUUUCAGACAAAAAUCUAAUUAUGAAAAUUAUAUGCAAUGUUUCAUUUUCACUUAUUCAUCAUUUUAUAAAAAAAAAUGUUUAAGAAUGAAAAUUCACACAGGGUCCGAAAUGUUAGUAUAAAAGCUAGAAAUGCCAUUUCUUACAUACAGUCGGUGUGACAAAAGUAGAGAGAUAUAUUAUUUUAAAUUCCUUUCUUAUAGGUAUCUGUAAGUGCCCUAAAAGUAUUACUACCAGUAUAACUUACUAAAAAUUGCAAAAGAAUUCAAAAAAUGUCAGGGUUUGAGUAUAAUGCUACAUACAGUAAAUGCAGUUAAAUCAUAUAUUUCUAAGAUUUAAAACUGCUAUAGCAACCUUGAUCAAACUAAUGGAAGAGUUGAUUAAUUUCUCGCCCCCUUGACUGUAGAAAUUAUAUAACCCAAUGAAACUUCCUUUACGGUCUGGAAGCGGGGUGUGAACAGACAUUUUUAGCAAACUUGCAGGAAUUAAAACAGUGACCAGUGGCUUCUAGUAGUGAAAUUUGUUCAUGUACAUGCUGGUGGUAAUCAUUCAUAGAGUAUACAUUUUAUGGAUUAAAUUUCAUUCUGCAAAUCCAAGUAUCAAAUGAUAGGUCACCCCUAAUAGGUUUUGGAUGUAGCAGUUGUUUUCAACACUAAAGGUGUCUGUGUACCUGUAGGUCUUAAACGUGCUCAACAGACAAUCAAAUGGUGUGUAAGCUUAGUGGUCAUCAGUUCUGAAAUCACCUUAGUGACCCAUCCAUGGAUGUAGCAUAUACGGCGUUUAGGAACCACUAAUGUAAAUUAUUAUUGUUUAUUAAAAUGUUCAUACCUCGCAUGUAAUUAUUUGCAUUGAUGAAAUUUUUCAUCAAAAUAACAGGGAUUUGUAACUUAAUAGAUAAAAAUGCUAGUUUUUGUUUAAUGCAAGUAUCUUUUUAUGUAGUGUAUUCAGAGCUGCAUUUUGAACUCAUGUUUUUAUUUUAUUAUUUAUUUUUUAAAAUUUCUUUUAUACAUUAAAUUUUUUCCCAUGUUGUAAUGGCUAAAAAACCUGGUCUUUCAGUUGGUUAAGAUACUUCCAUCAUAUCUAUUUAUUUGUAUAUACAAUUAGGAUUAUCUAUACAAAUGUUAUAUGUAUGGGAUUUUAAGUAGUAUUUUGGUAUUUUAACAUAAAUAAUAUUGCUACAACACUGGCAAUUCUUCAGUAUGAUUUUUAAAGGUAAACUGACGGUAGUGUUUUUAUUAUUGAAGGCAAAAGAUCACCUUUUGCAAUGCGUGCAUUUAAGAACCUCUUUUGAGUAUAUUUUCUGGUUUACCCUACAUCUGCAUGAAUUGCCCUUUUUAACCUGUGGUUUGAAGCUUGGCUUAAUCAGGCCAAACAAUAUACAGGUGGCAGAGAGCUAGUACAGCAUCACAAAUGCAGAUGCCAUACCUAAACUCAGAACAUCACAAACCCCCAAUCUGAGUCAGUUUUGACAGUUUAGAUUGGGCAUGAUCUGAAGGUCAUGUAAACAAUAUUUUAGUCCAAAGGAGACUUAAAUCUAGCUGCCCCUACAUAAUCCUGUUAAUACAGGAGAUAUACUGAAAAUGGUUGCUUGUAUUUUUACAUUACACUUGAAAAACAUUUGACAUGGUUAUAUUUUAGUUUUGAAAAUCAAAAUUGACAUUUUCAACCAAAAAAGAUAAAUUGCUUAGUCUUUUUUUCUGUCUUAAUUCAGAGGCCCUUCAAUCUCUACAAUGUAGAAACAAAUCGGCCUUUGUAAAGCUAAUGUGUACUGUUGUUCAUAUUCUAUAGAUUUAUACAAUGUGUUGUAAAUGACGGUUUUGGGUCUGGUAAUUACACAAACUGAUUUGACAUGAAAUAUGUAGGACCAUUAUUAUACCAACCAAAUCAGGGAAUGCAGCUAUUGGUAUUACAACAUUCGUGUAAUGGGUGUUUCUGAUUAGAAACCUUUUUUUUUCUCAUUUAAUUUCAUACAAUAUUUAUUUUACUGCUAAUUCACAGUGUGGUGUUGUUGUUUUGGCUACAAAGAUGACCCUUUUAACCCCUUAAGGACACAUGACAUCUGUGACAUGUCAUGAUUCCCUUUUAUUCCAGAAGUUUGGUCCUUACGGGGUUAAUGUCCCAUUUUCUCUGGACUCUGGUUAUUUAAAGUGGUAAAAUAAGUUCCAUGCUGGGCCAAUGUGCUAAAAAACCAAGUGAUCACUAUGUAAACUGAUAGAAUAUCUUUCAACAUUUAGCCCUUUACACAGUAGUACGACCUGUUUGACAUUAUAAAUAUCACUUUGAGUGAGGAUUUUUGUUUCUCUACAUUGUAAAAUCUUUUUUUUUUUUAUUUACUAAAGUUAUUGUAAAGCAAUAUGGGCAGCUCUAACUAUUGGACACAUGUAUUAAAUGUAUUUUGUCUUCUUGUAGCAAAGUUAUUAAAGGGGUAGUUUUUUUGUUUUUUUGAUCACUAUAAAUUUCCACUAGCAUACUAGACAUAUUUUAGAAUUGGUUGACUUCAACAGAUUUUUGUACAGAUUACAGACCAAAGACCACAAAUGUAAAAACAAACCUAUUCCGUUGAACUGAAUUAGAAUGAGCAGAGGAGUUAAUGGUGAAUGUGUGUAAACAACUGCCAAAAGAACUCCUCACAAAUGAAUACAAUUUUGGAGUUAAACUCCAUCGUUCUGUGGAAAGAAAAAAAACUUACGGAUCAACUUGACACAUGUUUCCUGAAAUGCUAACAUUUAAUUCUGCAAAUAGCUUGUGAAAAAAAAACUAGUCAAAUUUUGGGUGAUUAAUUUGCAGAAUUCCGCAGAAUUUCACAAUCUCUCCAAUCACUAGAUGUCCAGAACCAGUCUGUUUUUUUUUUUUUUUUGAUACCCCGCAAGGAUAAAUGUAUAUUUUUCUAGUUGCAUGCAUGAUCACCUGAGUACUUUAGUAUAUCCAGAAAUAAUUUUAACCCUUUGAUAACCUUUAACUUGCCGGUCCUGAAGCUAGUACAUUUACCAUCACCCUGUCUUAAAGGAGUUAAAGCAUAGCUUAGACACUUAUGUAUGUAAUGAAGUGUUCUUUAUCUUCUAAGGCAAAUAAAAAACCUGCUUUAUUAUACACAGCAGCUCUUGUGUCCACAAAACACACAGAAUGCCAUGCAAGGUAUGCAAACGAACGCAUACAGCAUUGUAGCUUUUAGAUUUCCUGCCCACAGUUCUGUAGGUUCCCUAGCAACAGCUUACUAUCGUGAACUAAGAUUUUCAGCCAGAAAUUCAGGUUAGGAUCUGAAUGAACUGUUGCCCAUUUUUUGGGAUAAUUAAAAAUAAUAAAUUUUACCCCCUCUGUAUCUUGUUAUAACCCAUCAUUUAGUUAAAAUGCAAUAGAAAAGAUUGGAAAUGGAGAAAACGUUUCCUCACCGUUUUGCCUAUAAUUUAUAUAAUUAUAAGUGCAUCCAAAAAUAUUUUUUGUUCAUGUGUUGAGAAUACCUCAUGCCUAGGAUUUUUUUGUUUUUUUUGUUUGUUGUUCUUUUGCAGUUGCAUGUCUAAUAUGUCAAAAAAGAGCAUUUCAAGACUUUAGUGUCAUGGGCCUCUAAGCUGAAAGUUAAUCUCCAAGCACUAUAAUCACUACAGUGCACCGUAGUGGUUAUGGUUCCAGGGGAGCCUUGGCACCCUCUCAUAGUAAGGAGUCUAAGUGUUUUAGAACGAUUUGACUUCUUUCAUUUGUUUUGCCUAGUGCCACUUCUCGCCUUCUCUACUGCUCAGUUGUGCUUGGCGUGGUUUUUUUAUAAAUGUACCUGUUGUGUUACCUGCUCAUUUAUUUAAUAUAAAAGGGCAUGCACUUACAUGUAUACAUUGUGCUAUCAAAAUUGUGAAAAACAAAUCUCAAUUUGGUUGUGGUCACAGCUUGGCUAUUGUAAUCAGAAUUUUUGCUGUUUAUUUUUUUGGUAUAAUUCGGAGCUUAAUGAAUUACCUUUUAAUUAAAACCCCAUUCAUUUACAUUGUUACCCUGAAAUUUGUAUCAAAUAGUAGACCAAUCAGAUUUCCUCCCCCCCUUUUUUUCUUUUUCCAUUUUCAUGUGGUUUUAAACUUUCAAUAUUGGUGCUAGUAACCUUCAUUAUUGCCACUAAUUGCAAUUUAAAAAACAAAAACAAAUUAACAAUAACUCUCACAUACAUAAUAGCAUUGUAUAAUUCAAUUUAUAUUUGGAAUCUGUUUAUGUAUACCUGCAUCAUUUGUCCUUAUGUAGCAAAACCCCUCCACGUGCCUAGGUUUUUAAGUAUGUAAAAUCUGUAUUGCUGUACCGAUCUCAUUGAUUACUUGGUGAAAGCAAAUCACCAGAUAGAGAUUUAGAAGGUAGAAUCUUUGCUCUAUUCCAAAUGUGUUUGUUUGUCCUUGGUAACUUGCAAUGUUAAUGUGUACCUUGCAUUGUGAGAUCAGCCAGAUGUGAACAAAAGACAGGGCUCUUCCCAGUUUACACUUGUGUAUUAUCAAUGUCCCAUCAAACUUGGAAAGCAUUGAUUGGCUAAGAGUGCUGGGAUGGUACCCUGAGAUUCUGUGCAACAUAACCACCAGUUCAUUGAGCUAAGGUGGUUCUAUUUCUUACUGUGCCCCUUUACGGGAUUAAGUAGUUGGAUAUAAUCUAAAAAAAAGUAAAUUAGCUGAUUUUGUGACCACAAGCUAACCUGGACCAAUCAUAAAUACAGUGUAGCUGAAAAAAUAACCUAGGUUUUUUGCUAUGCAGCUUCUAUGGUUAUUACCUAAAUCGACAAUCCCCAUGUAAUUUUAUUUAUAACACCGACUAGUUUUCACUUUUUUGUGUGUGUGUAAAGAUUUUAGGAUUUCAACUUUAAUGAAGAAGAAUCACGUUGCAUUGCUAUCUGCUACGCUGGGGUUUGCAUGUUUAGAGCACUUUGUGAACUUGAGGCUGUGGGCUAAAUUUGGCAUCUCAAGGGGCCUUCGCUCAAGUGAUCCUAGGACUGCUAAUGUCACAGAAAUUUGCUCAAGCUGCAAGAUUGGAUUAAGUCUGCGUUGGCUAGUCCCCCCCUCUCCCCCCCCCUUUUGGGGGGAUGAGGGGGGGGGUUGGUUUUGCUGUAGAGCAACCAAUUCUUUUACUUAGAAUAAAAUUGCAUUACUUUAAAAAAAUAAAUAAAUUGCAUUUAUUUAAAACCUGCUUUCUAUAGUGCUUAUAAUUAUGUUAAUGGAAUAUACCAUUCUCUCUGGGUUAUAUAUUUUUUGAUAUUCACCUUUAUAUUUAUUGACUCCAGUGACUCUGGCUUUCUGGAAGAAUAUCAAGGUGACCUACUAGGAAAUUGACUUUCCUAGUUGUCAAGUUACUUUUUAAUACUUGCCAACACCAGAAGAAACAUUUUUGUUUGUUACCUGACAUGUUGUAUCUCCUAAAAUCAUGGUUCAUGGUCCGAUAGUAAAGCACCAAAGAACCAUGUUGGCUAUCAUUUAAGUAGUUUGGUUGAAGGGUCUCCUUCUGAAUAAGUAGAAAGGUUGUUUGGUAUGAAAGGUUGUUCUCACACAAGAUUGCUAAAGCAGAUGAUUUUCAGUACAUCUUUUUAUCCCUCCAGAAGUCAGGGGCAGUCAAAAUGAAGUCUCAACUUUCCAUGAAAGAGCAAAAGAGAACAUUCUGAUGCCAAGUUUCCUGUGUGAGCAUGCUUGAGUUCUUCAUCUCAGAUUGGAAAAAAAUGAAGAAUCCUUGGCUUGGCUACAGUUAUUAGCUAAGUUUUUGGAACCACCUCCCCUUCUAUUAGAAUUUCCAUCUUCAGUUGUCCACUUAUGCAGGACCAUCUUCUCACCAAAGUUUUUGGAAAAGAAACACUGGCUGAAUUCAUUCAAAAUUGGAUUGGAGAUUCUGAAGUUUGCAUCGCAAGUCAUCUGAAAAUGAUCUCAUGAAAUCUUUAGAUCAUCAGGAUUAUUAUAUAUAACUCUGUCUCUUGUCAGUUAAUGUGGUUUUUAUUUCUUGCACAGGAUCCUUGACUUCCAGUUCCGUACUCUCCAGUUGCCUGCCAGGAUCUUUAUAAAGACUCUGUUGCUAGCAACAAUGGAUAGCAAUAGCUCUAUACAUUCAUUGACUCAUUGUGGUAUCCUCCAAGGAAUCCUGGUUAAGGAUUUUCAGCUAACAAUUGGCUGGUGAAUCUGUAAACGUCUCAACUACUUCCUUCAAGAAGUAAUGUCCUCUUGGAUUUCAGCUUUGGCUCAGUGGAAAUAAAAUUUCUGGUAUUAAAGAAAAAUAUUUUUUAAAUUUGUUCUGUCCAAUUGUCCCUGAAGGUGCUGGGGUCUCUGUCUCCAUUGCAUCUACCAAAGAGGCCAGAAACAGAAUGUGCCCACUUCAAGUGAAUUUCUUGAGGAAGUGUUCCUUAAAUGUAUAUUCUGUGUAUUCGGCCAUCGUUCUUCAGCUUCAUUGGUGGCUGAUGUCUUCAUUUUUUAAGCUGGACCUUCCUUUCCAUUACACUCAUUAGACCGUUGCCUCCACCAACCUCUUAAAAGUUUGCUAGGAGGAUCCGACUGUGUUCAAGGAAAUUGGACUGCUGAAGAAACCUCUGUUCUUCAAACUCAAGGUGAUCUGGUACACCUUAAAGCAUUUCAGUCUGCUGGUCUUCAAGUUUGCACAGUCAUUAUUUUUGCAUUGGCAUAUAUCCAUUGCAAGCAUGGACCAGUGUUCCAUCUCGAUUAAGAUAUGUGCUCAGAUUGUGCACUAAGCAGAGAAACAUCUGGAAGCACUGUCAUCAGUUUACAUAAAAGAGAAAUACUUAAGAAGUGGGAGUUAAGCAGACUGUGAAUUCAACCCAACAAGUUUCCAACAGGUGAAUGAAGAAUUCAGGAGAAGUGUUAUAAAUCUGAUGGACCCAUGCAAAAAUGGGUUAUAUAUUUUUUUCAACUCUUUAUCUCCCUUUCAGCAAGAGACAAGACAGAUUUUUUUUUUUUUUUAGCUGCUCUCACUCCCUUGGUGUUUUUGGCUAGCUUAUAAUUUCCUUGGUUCUGAUGAAGCAAUGUUGAAUAGUCCUCUACGAAUGUGAUGGUCCAGACCAUGGCAACCUUUCAUUUAAUACACAUGGUUUGCGUGGUUGAUUUUGCAGAAGAAGGGCUGGGUGAAGAGAUGAUUGAUGCUUUGUUAUAAUAUACCAAAUGAGCUACCUCUUACACAUUUCUGCAGUUGUAUCUCUGCUGGAGUACUUCUUUUAGAUCAGAGGUGGACAUUCUAAAGCAGUGGUAGGCAACCGACGGCACUCCAGAUGUUGUGGACUACAUCUCCCCAUGAUGCAUUGCCAGCAUUAUAGUCUUAAGAGCAUAAUGGGAGAUGUAGUUCACAAAUUUGGCCUACCCCUGUUCUAAAGGGGGACCUAGCUAGGCAAAGAAAGGUCUGAACAUCCAAAUUGCAACCCUAAGUUUGGCCUGGUAUCUAAGUUGCUUAUUAAGUGUUUCUGUAGGGAAGUUGUUGUUUACGUUUCUCCAGAACAAACUUGUCCAGCAGUGAUACACAUAUUCUCCAAGCACCAUUUUUGGGACUUUUAAGGUGUGGCUUUUGGGCAUCAGGUGACCCUCCCAAUUGAAUUUUUUCCUACUAACAAAUAUCGAAAAAACAUUUUCUUACUGUAAAAUCCCUUUUUUUGAGUGUUUGAGGUAUUCCUAAUUUUUCAUUUUUUACAUACUAAACAUGUAUUUUUGCAGUAAUUAAAUGUCUUGUUUAACUAGGGGUUUUGAGGGGGCUUUCUUUCCUACCCUAUAUUUACUUGAGAACUAGAUACUAUUGCUUUUAAAGGGGACUCUGUUGGCAUCCAGACCACUUCAUCUUAAUGAAGUGAUCUGAGGGCCAUGUCCCCAUCCUUUUUAACCCUGCAAAUCAAAACAUUUUUGCAGGAAUGGUAAUGUUUUCAUUGGAGGAUUAACACGCCACUACAGGUGAUUCCCAAGCUGUAAUAGUUAGUAAUAGUUCAAAUUUAUAGAGGAAAUUUGAUUGGUGCAGCACUGUUUUGCCACACAUGCACACUAGCCUUCCAAUCCAAUGUAUAGGAGAACACUAUAAUUUAGGAGUACGUAUUUGUAUUCCUAAUGCUAUAGUGUUCCUUUAAGUUUUUCAUAGCUCUAUAAUCUUGUACAUCAGGGCUGUAUGUGAGACUUACAUUACAGCUGUUUUAGCUCUGAAGCUUGGGGUUGGCCAAGAACAAAUACAGGAUUUCUUUUCAGUGCUGUGUUUCUAAGGCUUGGUAAUUCAAUCCAUGUUGACCCAAGUUGAACUUUUAUUUUGAGAUAUAGAAGGUUUUUCGUUUUUUUAAAGAAGGUCAUUAGUUUCCACACCUGGCAUUUGCAGGGGACCCUGGGCAACAAAUAUUAACAGUGCUCGUUCACUAGCUAUUGUGAGACCCAUAUCAAGCCUGGAUGAAAUGGUCAUUUAGAACUGUGACAUCACUGUGUCUUAUGAUUUUAUCAGGGUCUGAUGCCAGCAGUGAGAGUUUUGUGCACACCUUUAAAAUAUAAACAGCUCACGCUGUACCUCCAGGCAAAUUCAAAUCCACCUGUGAGUGCAGCACAUGAGCACCACUCAUGAAUGGGGACAUUUUUUUUGUAUUUUUUAUUUUACACAGCAAGUCCCAUGGUAGAUUCUUCACAAGAGGUGGACUUUCCCUCCCCCUCCUUCCCAUCCCAAAAAACUUGAAGUAUUGUGGCCACUAUGGGAGUGACUUUGCUUGUGGCUGCCUUAAGUAUUCCUGUGUUGAUUGCUCACAGACCACAUGCAAAGAGUUGAUGUUUCCAGAUGAUCAGAUAUCAUACUUGAUGUAAUAUUGACUUGUAAAUUGAUAUUUUCCCCACUAUGCAGUAACUGAUCAGUUCUGUGCCGUGCAAAUUGAAACACAAACAUCUCCUUUACAAUUUAAAAUAAAUGUCUUAAGUACUCCCGCCUGUGGCUGUUAUCAUAACCUUAUGUGAUAUUUAUUGUUCUAUUAAAUACAAAAGCUGAUUUGACUGCGGUGUGCUCGUUUUAAGCUAUAUCAAAUCAGAGAGGCUUUAGAUGUGAAAUUAUUUGCCUUUGGUUGGUAGGAGUUAAUGAAGUAUCACUGGAGGUUGACGAAAUCUGCUUUAGAUUGAAACCAAACCUUUGAGACUGGGUUUAACUUUUGAGAUAUAUAUAUAUAUAAUUUGACAUCUGAAAACUAUUAUGGCAAUUCCCAACACAAUCUGUCCUAGUUUUACUAACGUGGUUUUGUUUUGUUUUUUGUUUUUUUAAAUUGCAAAUUCAGUUUUGACAAACUCCAUUUUCAUGAAUUUUCUGAUUGUAGCAGUAAUAGGAAUGAGUUUAAGGUUAUCUAUGCUUUGCUCUGCUCCUUUAAUAUUAAGAUUAGUUAGAAAUAAGAAAAAAAAAAUCCUAUAUAUAAUAAAAAGGGUAACAAUUUGUACCAACCCCUGCCAGUUCAAAUUUGCUUUGGGAUUCUGUGAAAAUCUAUCCAUGAAAUAAAUUUUUGCAUAUUAAUUUGUUUCCAUUUAUUUUCAGGUCAGAAUGUACGUAAAAUAUGCAACAGACCAAGCGCAAUAUAGUUGACGGCACACGCUGAUUUUUGAAGAUGGAUAAAUGUAGACACGUUGGCCGUUUGCGGCUUGCCCAGGAUCAUUCCAUCCUAAAUCCUCAGAAGUGGCAUUGCGUUGACUGCAACACUACAGAGUCUGUGUGGGCCUGUUUAAGCUGUUCACAUGUAGCGUGCGGACGAUACAUCGAGGAACAUGCACUGCGUCACUUUCAGGAAAGUAAGCAUCCUAUGGCACUGGAGGUGAAUGAACUCUACGUCUUUUGUUACCUCUGUGAUGAUUAUGUUCUCAAUGACAAUGCCACUGGUGACCUUAAACUUUUGCGAAGUACAUUGAGUGCGAUUAAAAGUCAAAACUAUGACUGCACGACACGCAGUGGUCGAACUUUGCGGUCUAUGGUAGCUGCUGAUGACUCGUACCUGUCUCAUGAAGGUGCACAAGCCCUCCUUCAAAAUGAAGACCGCGCGUUCACUGCACUCUGGCACCGGAGACAUGCUUUGAUGGGGAAAGUCUUUCGAUCUUGGUUCGCUUUGACACCGAAAGGCAAACGAAAACUGGAACAAGAGCGCUUAAGGGAGGAGGCUGAACAAAAGAGAGAGCAGGCAAGGGAAAGGAGACAGCUGAUAAAACGGAGGCUGAAAGAAGAAAUGGAAAGCACUCCCCCUAGAAAGAGUUCUCGUCUGCAACAGCAACUGCAGUCUCCUCCCGAAACUGUAUUGUCUGACACGCAAAAACAGAACCAAAAAACAACUCCUACCACAAAACAUCCAUCAGCACCUACCUCGGAUGAAGUGAACGUGAAACAAAUAGGUGAUUCGCCAAUAAAAAGGAAACCCACUGUGACCCCUGGGGUAACGGGACUGCGAAACCUGGGGAAUACCUGUUAUAUGAACUCCAUUCUUCAGAUCUUGAGUCAUUUACAUGUUUUCCGAGAAUGUUUUUUACAACUUGAUCUUAAUCAAACUCAGGAGUUAUUGGCUGCUGCAGCCAAUGGUAAAACGAGAUCCUCCAACAAAUAUCCACCUGCGGUGGACUUUACCAACCCUAAACAAAAGCACACUAAAGUUGCAAGGUCUUUGGCAAGGCGUCACAGCUUCUCCUCUGGCCUUAGUGGGGGGGCAUCAGAUAGUACAAACAUGGAACUCAUUCAGCCCAAGGAGCCCAGUUCAAAGCACAUAUCUUUAUGCCAUGAGUUGCAUACCCUCUUCCAAGUCAUGUGGUCUGGUAAAUGGGUGCUGGUUUCUCCCUUUGCCAUGCUACAUUCAGUGUGGAGACUCAUCCCCGCCUUCCGUGGAUAUGCGCAGCAGGACGCUCAGGAAUUCCUCUGUGAACUUUUAGAUAAAGUACAACAAGAACUGGAAACUACUGGGACCCGGUACCCAGCCCUGAUUCCCAGUUCCCAAAGGAAGCUCAUCAAGCAAGUCCUAAAUGUGGUCAACAAUAUUUUUCACGGGCAGCUUCUCAGCCAGGUACGUUAAUGGUUCACAAAAUGUCAUGAGCAGAUUCCUACUACCCGAAAGCAGUUUAUUAGACGGGCACAAAUGAAACUAUAAUUUGCAGUUAAAGCAUAUGGCUCCUAGCUAUAAAACAGUUUUGUAACCUUGUGGGUACAUUUUACGUUGUUUAGCAGUAAGUGUUGAUCAAAAAUGAGACUUGAAUCCUGUUAACUUUUUAAAAUUUAUUUAUUUUAAUCGCUAGAAUAUCUAGUCUGUUAUUAUGUUCCAUGAAAAUUCUUACUGCCCGUCAAUUGUAUUUAUUUUUAGUAGUGAAAGUAACAUCUGAGCAUUAAUUUUAUUUGUGUGAUGUCCUAUUCAGUCACUCGGUAUGAAACGUAUAUGAAGGCAUUUGCCAUAGCUGUGAUUUGAAGUGUACAAGCACUGAUAAAAUGUCAAUAGGAAGUUUGAAUGUGGUUUGAUGCAGUUGCAUAAUGCCGACAUUGUUUGCUCCCAUAAUUAUUGUAUUUGCAGUGAAGAGAGACAUGCAUAUCUAAGUAAAUAUAGUUUUUUAUUUAUCUAUUAUUUUUUUUGCACUGGACUUUACUUACAGCUGCCGAUCACGGUGCUACAUUUGCAGUGGUCGCUUAAUGCACUGCUCAGAAGCAGGGAUUGUUAAUAAGUGACCUGCUCUCUGACCUACUGCUCCAUAAAGCCCUGUGCUUUGUCCUGCAGUGGAAGCUGUAAACAUGCCAUUUUUACGUACACUGAGGCACGACAAUCAAAUCCCACCAAGGGCAUGCCAAGUCAUUAGUGCUUUUGUUCAACACCCCAUGCUGGUUAUCUGUACUGUCUACAGCGCUUGUUGAUUUUUGUCUUACAUUUUUAUUGAAGGCCAGAUGGCAGAACGGGUAUAUAAAAUUGGACUCAGCCUCGCAAUAGGUCCACCUUUUCUGUUACAAUUUGGAUAAAGUGGUUUUGUUUCUCUGCUGUAACCACAGGCAUAAUAACUUCAGCCUAGGGAAAACACGCCUGCUAAUUUGUCCCUUUCAUUGUCUAUUUUUGUUCUUUUUAAGAGUAUUGCGAAAUAUCCACUUCUGCUUUCAGCACCCACAUUUCUGUUGCAAACUUUCGGCUUAAGACAUUGGGUGAUUGUAGUGGAAACGUCUGGCUUGAGACUCUAGAUUUCCUUGUAUUUUAAGAGGAUUUUGUUAUUGAACUCUAGAUAGUUAUUGUUAUUGAAGUCUAGCGCAGUGGUAGUCAACCUUUUUCUACCUACUGCCCACUUGAUGGAAAAAUUUCCUUACCGUCCACCAGUUUUCGCGCAAGUGCAGAAUAUUUUUUAGAAAGGAGGGUGUUUAAAAAAAAAAUUAAAAAAUCUACGUACAUUUAUCUUUUUAUUUCUACUUAAUGCCUGUUUAUAAUGUUUUUAACUUUAUAAAGUUUAAUGAGAAAACAAUAAAGUAAAUUGAAAUUACCUUUACUUGUGAUUAAUGAGAUCCUUGAGGUUGAUGCUGCGAGACUAAAUAUUUGAUAUCUGGUUCGAUUUUCGUAAGGAACAAACGAAGGUCUCCUCUUUCGGUGAUAUUCAGACGACUUCUCUGUUUGCGCAUAAUAUGAUUUCUCAUCUGUGAGUCAGCUCCCCUCCUCUCCCUCCUCAAUUCCACUCCCCACCUUUUUUUUUUUUUCUAUUUUUUAACCUUCCGUAUAGCAAUGCCCAGUAGGAAGGCUGAGCUAGGUAGCCCACUUACUAUAACCCACUAUAACAGACAAGCACACACAAGACACACAUACACACACACAUACAUACAGAGGGGCACACACAUACAGACACACAGACUGGCAUACAUACACAAGACACAUACAUACAUACAUACAAACAGACGGACACACACACACAGACAUGCACACAUACACACACAUAAGACAUACAUACUAAUACACACACACAUACAAAGACACAUACAUACAAAGUCACAUACACACACAACACAUACAUACAAAGACAAGACACACAUACAUACAUACAGACAGUCUCUCACACACACACACACACACAAAGACACACAAACACACACAAAAUAUUUUAGUCACCCUCCUGUUUUCUACCUUUUAGGUGUAGGAGGGUGACUUUCCCUGGGGUCCAGUGGUGGCUCAGGUGAAUGGGAGUCAGAGUUCGCACUCUGACUUCCUCUGCUUCCUCCCGUGCAGUCUGUGUGUUAGCUGGGAGGAGUGACGUGCAGUCACUUCCUCCCAGCGUGUGAUGUAAUAACAGGGGGCCUGGUCGCGCUGUUAAAGUGCCCAGUGCUGACCGGGCCUCCUUACAAUCCACAUCCAUCGGGUGGCCCUGACAGCAUGGGCCACCCGAUGGACCCUUAGGACGGCGACCCCGGUGGUUUGCCGCGCUGGCCGGGGUCGCAAAUGGUGAUGGCGGUACCUGGUCGCAGGGGUACCGCCGGCUUGCACUGCCUUCCAGUCCACCCAAUCUCUCACAAUUAGGAAAUCCCUAACGCCCACUAGUGGGUGGUAGGGACAGGUUGACGACCCAUGGUCUAGAGAGUUGUUAUGCAACUUUUUUUUUUUUUCUCUUCACACUAGUCCCAGAACACUGAGUGUAUGGUUUAAAAAAUAUUUACAUAGUGUGAGCAGCUUGGCUGCCAAGUUGCAAUCUCACGUGGAACCAUACAGACACACAGACUGGCACACAUACAGACAGGCACACACAGACUGGCACACAUACACAAGACACAUACAUACAAACAGACGGGCAUGCACACAUACAUGCACACAUACACACACAUAAGACAUGCAUACAUACACACACACAUACAUAAGACACAUACACACACAACACAUACAUACAAAGACAAGACACACAUGCAUACACACAUACAUACAGUCUCUCAUAUACAAAGACAUAGAUACAAAGACACACAAACACACACAAAAUAUUUUAGUCACCCUCCUGUUUUCUACCUUUUAGGUGCAGGAGGGUGACUUUCCCUGGGGUCCAGUGGUGGCUCAGGUGAAUGGGAGUCAGAGUUCGCACUCUGACUUCCUCUGCUUCCUCCCGUGCAGUCUGUGUGUUAGCUGGGAGGAGUGACGUGCAGUCACUUCCUCCCAGCGUGUGAUGUAAUAACGGGGGGCCCGGUCGUGCUGUUAAAGUGCCCAGUGCUGACCUGACCCCCUUACAAUCCACAUCCAUCGGGUGGCCCUGACAGCAUGGGCCACCCGAUGGACCCCUUGGACGGCGGCCCCGGUGGUUUGCCACGCGGGCUGGGGUCGCAAAUGGUGAUGGCGGUACCCGGUCGCAGGGGUACCGCCGGCUUGCACUGCCCUCCAGUCCACCCAAUCUCUCACAAUUAGGAAAUCCCUAACGCCCACUAGUGGGUGGUAGGGACCAGGUUGACGGCCCAUGGUCUAGAGAGUUGUUAUGCAACUUUUUUUUUUUCUCUUCACACUAGUCCCAGAACACUGAGUGUAUGGUUUAAAAAAUAUUUACAUAGUGUGAGCAGCUUGGCUGCCAAGUUGCAAUCUCACGUGGAACCAUUUGGAACAAAGUGAGAAAAAUAAUUCCUAAUAGGAAACCGUUUUACCUAGUUGGACCCUCCUUCUGUUGAUGUAUAAAUUUGUAAUUCUUCUUGCUCAAGGUGAACAAACAAAAAAAACUUUUGUGUUUAUUCUAUAAACUGGGAAUUGUGGAAAAUUGAUAACACAAAUUGCAAUAAUUAUGCCAAUUUAUUCUGCCUGGAAAAAAACAAACUUCACCUUCUUCAUCCCUCCCAAUUUACGGUUUAGUGAAUAACCCAGUUUAUGAUUCCAUGUCUGACAGCCAGGGGAGCAUAACUAAGGAUUUUGAAGCUCACAAUAUUCUCUUGAUAAUCAGUACUUUAACCCCUUAAGGACACAUGACAUGUGUGACAUGUCAUGAUUCCCUUUUAUUCCAGAAGAUUGGUCCUUAAGGGGUUAAAGAGGACCUGACCUGCAGUUAAGCCUUAAAGCACCCUAGCUAUCUUAAUAGAGUGUACCUUACAAGAGAGAGCCCAACCUGGGUGGCAUUCUCCAAGGAACUUUAGCUAAUUAGUUGUUAAAAAUAAAUACUUAUUGUGACGUCACCAGUUCUUUCGAUGAAACAGGUCAUAGUUCUAUUCUAGGUUCUUGCUCAUGGUUACACGUUUCUCUCAAUCAAGCUUUCACGCGUUCCCAAUGUAAUACGCGUCAACAACUGGGUUGAAUUAAUGUCAAGCUUGUUAAACCGGCUAGAGAGUUCAUAGAACGGGAUGGAGUACGCACAAAACUACUUCUUAAAGAGGCACUUAAAGCACACAGAUGCUGGUGGUGAAUCAUGCAAAAUUCAUCCAAGUUUUUAUUAAAUGAUGAGGAAGUUCAGGUAAAGUUCUCUGCCACUCACUCACAGGAGAAGUGGUUAAUGGAGAUUUUGCUUCCUUAAAAGGUAGAAUCAUAAAUGUGUUUAGUGGCCUAAAAUAAAGUUUUUUACACCAUUAAGGUGGUUGUUUAAAAGAUUUUAUUUAUCUGGGAUUUCUUGUGAAUGACUUGUCUAAUAAGACACACUUACUGUAUUUCGCCCUCCACUUAAAGGCACACUCCAAGCACAAUAAAUUAUGUCUCUCCCUGCCCCCUAGCCAAAGGUGAGAAGCACUGGGGUUUGCACAGUGUAAUUGGCUGGCAAGCAGGCUCCAUUCAUAAGUACAUAGAAUGUUGUUAUGAAAUCAGCCAGUAGGUGGCCGUCACAGUAAAGGAAAUCCAUCUUCUGAUAUCAGAAUUGAUAUUAGCAGAGGGAUUUCUUUAGAGUUACUGGUGGGGUUAGGGGUAGGGUAAAGCUAGGGUUACCGGUAUGGUUAGGGUUUGCUGUAGGGUUAGUGUUAGGUUAAUAUAAACUACCAAAAGUUAAUUUAGAUCCCGGACAUAUAAGACAUUUAACAAUCAGGAGUGUUAGAGGAAUCUAUUUUGAGGUUUUUUUUUUGUUUUUUUUUUCUUUCUUUAGUUGAACUGGAUGUGUAAAAAUUAUUAUAUACGAAAAAUUUGGAAAUGCCCUUUUUUUAAUUUUUUCCAACUUAACAUUUUAGCUACACUUACUUAAAGUUGUUGGGUAUGCAUAUAGUAUAUUAAAUGAAAAAUAAUUUGUCCUUUAAAAAAAUUUUUUUAUAAUAUUUAAGGGUGCACUUAAAGAGAAACCCUUAAAUUACCGUGGAACAAACACAUAGCACACAUUCUAGGUUUUGUUUUGGUUAAUCCCUCCAAAGUAUAAAAAUAUUAUUUCCACCCUGGAUUGUGUCUCUAAGUACUUUUUACUGGAAGCUUACCUGUGUGUUUACUUUGUGACACACCUAUGAGUCAUGGUAGUGUCCUUUAUUAAAUGUUUUAUUGAUCUGGAUUAUGCUGAAGUCAAUGAGUGUUUAAUUUUUUUGCAAGGGCUGACUCAUGUUUUGAUCAUAUCCAACAAUGUGUAUCUUUUAGAGUGCUAUUAAAAUGCAAGUUAUGCUGUGUGACUCCAUGUAACACGUGAUUGUAGAAGAAAUAUUUCACUGAUAUCAAAUACAUGUACCGUAGAUUCACUUUUAUUUUUUUUGUAGAGGCUGUUCUAUUUAUAGUCAGAAGAUCAGUUACUAUGGUGAUCAUCUGACUAGAAUACCCCCAAAAAUAGAUGGUUUGCCAUCUUUCAAAAAUCUUGAAUCUUUAUCUAAUUCUAGGUUCUAAUUCUACGUUAUGUGUGUUACAGGGACACUCUAAGCACUGUAACUACUACAACAGACUGUAGUGCUUAUAGUGCUUAGCGCUCUAGGAGUCCCCUGAUGCAGUCACAUGAUGAUUCAGACUUUUUUACAGUUUGAGACUUAUGCGUUUGCCAUAUAAUAAAUAUUUGUUUGGCUAUAUCUAGCCAGUUUUGGUGCUAACCAUAUUUAAUUCACUGAUACUCAGAUUUUGCCCACACUGUCAUAUUCAGGAAAUUGUGUGAAUAUUUAAUGGACCACUAUACUGAACCAGACCACUUCAGCUCAAUGAAGUGAUCUGGGUGCCAGGUCCCCCAGGUUUUAACCCUUCAGAUGUAAACAUAGCAGUUUCAGAGAAGUAAGUAACUGAAGGGGUUUUAUCCCAGCAGGAGGGGGGCCCUGAGGGUGGGGGGGACCUAAGGGUUAUAUAGUGUCAGGAAAACGAGUUUGUUUUCCUGACACUAUAGUGAUCCUUUAAGGUGUACACCCAAACACACAGACCAUCUCGUAAAAUACGUAUUCUUCCUAUCCUGUCUUUGUUAAAGAAAUAUAAGAAUGUAUAUUUCUAAUUCUUCAGUGUCCCAGUCCCUAAUAACAAGCUCCCUUCACCCUCAGUUCGGCAUAAAAAUAAUUUUAGACGCCUUUCUAUCACCACAGUGUUGUUUACUUUGACCUUUCAUGGGUCAUAUAAAAGCAAUGGGGACUAACUCUUCGUAUAGGAUAGCAUUGAAUCAGUCCUUUCAUUUGGGGGCUGUAGUCCUGUGACUGAGUUGUACUCUGUUGCUGCAGCAGGAAGCACCUUUGGUGGCGAUCAGUAUGACAGCCACUACAGGACGAAUUAAAAGGACACUAUAGUCACCUAAACUAUAGCUAAAUAAAGCAGUUUCUGUAUAUAGAUCAUGUCUCUGAAGGCUCACAGCUCCGUUCUCUGCCAUUUAGGAGUUAAAUCACUUUUGUUUCUGUUUAUGCAGCAUUAGCCACACCUUCCCUGAUGUGACUGACACAGCCUGCAUGAAAGCAAAAUAGUUUCAUUUUCAAUCAGAUGUAACUUACUUUAAAAGUGUUUACAUUCUGCUCUGUAAAUUGAACUUUUACAUACAGGAGGCUCCUGCACGAUCUAGCAAGCUAUUAACAGAGCAGGAGAUAAGACAUUUUUAAUUAAAAAGAAUUUGCAACAAAGUGUAAAUAUUAGAUGACUCUUUACAUGAAGUGUUUAGCAAGGCUAAAUAAAUCACAUGAUGCAGAGAGGUGUGACUAGGCCUGCAUGAACAAAGUGAUUUAAAGGGACACUAUAGGCACCCAAACAACUUCAGCUCAUUGAAGUGAUCUGGGUACAGUGUCCCUUUUGGACUUAGUGCUGCAAUGUUAAACAUUGCAGUUCCAGAGAAACUGCAAUGUUUACAUUGCAUCUCUAAAUCUGCCAUCAGUGGCUGUCCACCAGAGCGCUGCUUUGUAUUCCUGGCACUAUAGUAUCCCUUUAACUCCUAAAUGGCAGAGGAUUGAGCAGUGAGACUACAGGGGCAUGAUCUAUACACCAAAACUGAUUCAUUAAGCUAAAGUUGUUUUGGUGGCUAUAGUGUCCCUAUAACGGUGCAAUGUAAACAUGGAGAUGAAGUUGAAGUGGUCUGGGUGAAUUUGUUACCCACUUUCUCUUAUUGUUUCCUAUUCCUCUUUCAGAAUUUGUUCUUCUUUUAUUCAUUAGUGACAGAGAAUGUGGAGCUUGCCUAAAGCUCCUCCCUUUUGUCACAAUUGUCAGGCAUAGGAAAAAUACCCUACUUUGUCUUCUAUUUUAAAGAGAAAUAGAUUAAAGAAAAAAAAUUAGGAAAAAGGUAAGUGAGGAAACGGAGCUUUUUUAAUUUGCGCUUUAAACCUCUUAAGGACACAUGAUUUUUUUCCGUCAUUCUGCCCUUUUUCUUUUGAAGCUGUGUCCUUAAGGUUAAUGGAGAACCGACAUUUAAUACGAUGUUUACCCCUAGUGCUACAUUUGUGAGGUGUGAAAUAAAUUAAAAUGUGGAAACUCACACCUCUUCUCCCUGCAGCUGGGGUGCCUCCAUCUUGGCUGCUUGUCAGUCAUCGUGAUGAGCUCUGUCCUUUGCACCUGGAAGCCACUAUAGAACUCCUACAAGGAAGAGGAGAAAUGAUACAAUGUUUCUUUGUCUUCUCCACAUUUGCAAUGUGUGCCAGUGCUGUGCCUGAACUGGAUUAUAUAGUAAUUUUACUAAGUGUUAAAUAUUUGAAAAUUAAUAAAGAGCAUCACAUUAAAAGGAAAAAAAAUACACAAAUUGUAGCUGAUUUAAUGUUUAAUUCAGGAGUGUAAUUUGCAGAUAAAAAAAGGGACAUUUCCCCUUUAAUUACUCCAAUGUGAACAUUAAACAGAGUUUAAUGCUUAAAAUAUAGUUCUUAAUUUCUGGCUUCUCUGCGGCACAGUAAUUAUGAUGCCACUAGUGUACAAUACUAAAUUGAUAUUUCCAAUAUAAGCUUGAUUUUAUUCUCUACAGCUUGUUGUGUUUCCAAGGCAGGAGGGAUCGUGCUGUGUUUGUAUUGGGAUGAUUAUGGUAAAAAUUAAUCUCUUGCCUUCUCCCAUUCUCAGAGAUAAGUGUUUACUGCAUCAACUGUCCUUAUAAUCGUCCGCUGCACCUUCCCCUCUUAAAGGGUUAACAGUCACUUCUCGGCAAAGAACACCACUAAAUCACACUAGACUGUAAGCUCAUCUGAGCAGGGUCUUCAUCUAUCUAUUGUUCCUGUACCAUUUUGUAAUUGUCCCUUUUCUUGGUAAUUUCCCCAUUCCUUAAUAUUGUAAAGCACUGACGAAUAAAUUGGUGCUAUAUAAAUACCAAUAAUAUGAUCAUAAGUCACCUGUAACCUUCUUUUAAUGUGAUGAUCUGUUUAUUGAACACUGGGCAGGCUAUUUAUACAGUACAUGGUGUCAAAGAUGGUACAAACCACUACAAUUAUGCAGGCCACCUGGUAGAAGACCAGGGCAAAUACCCACCCCUGUGCCAGGAAGUUUGGGCUAUGCAGAGCAAAUGGCUGAGGGAGGUGGGAGCCAGAUCCAUUGUGUAACAUCAAGGAACCUUCCAAUAGCUUUUCCCCUACACUGCCUGCCCUCCUGGUAGGAGAAUCCUGAGACGGGAGAUAUUUUAAACAGUAAAGCAGAUUAUAGUCUCUAUCCCACCACUCCAAAUACAAUACCACUUUGGAAAAUGCACUCUGCCCUUUUAAUUCACAGCUGUCACAGUUCUCAACAGCCUUAUCACUUUACAUAGAAUUAAGGACUAACCCUGAAUGUCCUAAUUUCUAGUUAAUGUUUUUAUGGGUUAACCCUCUAUGUUCACAUAAAUACUUCUGCUGAUAUAAAUAUAUGCAUAUUCUAUCCACCGACUGUUUAAGAAGCGUGUUCCAUAUCUAUUGAUGGCCCUUGCAUUAAAGGUGUAGAUGUGUACAUACAGGUUUUCUAGCAGAUGUAGUAUUGCAAACCACAAUUUUUGGAAUCUUUCACGGCCGCUGUCUUUAAAGAGAGUUGUUAUCCUAAUGUCCUUGUAGAGAUGAUGCGCUUCGUGAAUGAAAUGAAGACCUCAACCUCAAUUUGUAACAGCUGCUGUUUCUGGCGUUCUAACGUGUAAAUACAUGGUUCAGUGAUAUUUCUCAGCAACUUGUGCUUAUGAUACAGGCUUUCCGAAUUUAUCUCUCGUACGUAAUGCAGGGGGGAAUGAACAACCUGUGAAUUUCUUGCAUUCUUGUUUAUCAACCAGUGUUUCAGGUCAGUCAUUGCAAAUAUGGACUUGUUUUUUAUAUAACCAUUGUACAAAUGAAUUUUAUUUUGUUAAGCAAAUUGGUACGUGAUAAUCUACUGUGCUGGUUAAGUGCAUGUUUAGAUAGUUGCAAUUAUUUCUGCAAAUGGCUUGAAUUGUUAUAUUUUCUCUUCUUGUGAUAGUACAAAUAUAUGGUUUUUAACCCCUUAAGGACAUGACGUGUGUGACAUGUCAUGAUUCCCUUUUAUUUCAGAAGUUUGGUCCUUAAGGGGUUAAAUAAUUAGGAAAGGCUCAAUCACUUGUGUGUUAACUGAAAACAAAUGUGUGUGUGUGUACUACACUAACGUUUAUAAGCAAUGCUUGAUCCUUAAUUUCUGGUUGUGAAUACUUUCCUGUUACGCUGUCUUUAACUUUGUGGUGUAUAUCAAUUUCCCAUAUCACUGGUACCAGCUAACACAUGUCUGACAUCUUUGGGAAUUCGCUUUUGUUGAAGGUACUUUUUUAGUUUCAGAUAUCACUGGGUAAGCUAAUUGUUUACCAGGUGUCCAUGUCAAGUGUGAGCGCAGUAGUGGUCAUUGUGCCAGGUACUCCUCAUCCCUUCCCAAAUAUUUAGAGAGCUUCCGGAUCUAUGUAGGCAAUAGUGGACAUGGAGACUGUUGGACCCCAGGUAAGAAGUCAAGCUUCUGCACGUGGAUUAUUCUAAAUACCAUGAGUUUUCUUAGUUUGUGUGGGGUUUAAAAACAAACAUUAGAAACCUCUACAAGGGUCCGUCUGCUAUCGAUAGUGAACCAUGUGUGUAUCUGACUUGAUCACAUUUACUGUUGCAUUCCCAAAGAUUGAUAGAGGGAUGCACAGCGGCACACAAACUGUCUCCCGGGAACGAUGAAAUGGCCUGUAUUUACACAGCUUUACUGCAGCGCUGAUCAGGAGUGAGCGUUGAUGUAAAAUAAUUGCUGUAAUCAAAAAGCCACAGGUUUCAUUUCUUUGAUUAGAAGCCAAGACGGUGAAAUGAGCCAGUGUAAGCUGUGUUUCAAUUUACUUCCUGAGAAUCCACUUGUCAGCUGACGAUUCAGAGAAUCUGACAACCGCUCUAAAAUUAGACUUGGCAGAAAACGGGUGUCUUGGUAAAAUCUUACAAAUACCAAAAAUACAAUGUUUAUUUCAUUUUACAGACACUGUACUUGUUAAUAAACACUAUUUAAAUUCAUGUGAAGCACAUGAAAGCUUCUAAUUAUGUUUUUAAUUUAUUUAUUUCAAUGAAGUAUAAAGAAAAGCUGUGUGAAACUGGUAUGCCAUAGAACUAAUUGGGAAAUUGCAUAUUAUAGAUCAUCCUAGCUGAACUGGCACAAUUAUUUCAGCUUUGCCAUUUCUGACAAAAUAUUGUAAUAGCCUUCUCAAUUCUUCACAGUAUUCUGGUUUGUUUUAGUGAAUAAAACAUUUCUCACAGUUCCAGAUACUUUACAGCUUCGAGCCAUCAUAUAACCUCUUCCUCCCCAAAAAUAAUCAGUUGGACACAAGCCAAAUUUAUUUUAAUCCUCAAAUCAGAGUACAAGUGAGCUAAUGUUAGCCUCCAUUUAUUUUUCUACUGCUUUGAAUUGACUCCUAUAAAACCUAGUGGCUAUUGCCUGGCAGUCGCUGCUUUAAAUAAAAGAUGAAUUUGCUUCAAACUGGGUUUGUUUUUUUUUGCCUAUUGGAUCAACAGCAAAAAGCAAAUGUGAGGAAGGCUGAACUUGAUGGACGCAAGUCUCUUUUUAGCUAUGUAACUAUGUAAUUUCAGUGCUGGACACUCUAUGUAUUUUAACCCCAUUGAAGUUCAGUUAUGGAAUAUUGGUUUGGCAGAUACAAGACAUGUUCAGACCUUGACUCCAGUGGUGGCUGGAUACUUGGGGAGCUCAGAGCCUGUCCAGCAAAUGAUUCUUGGACAUCUCAGUGAAAAGGCAAUUAUUUGUGAUUUAACCAUAUAAAAAUAUGGGAUUUUUAUAUACAGGUCACUAACCUGUAUAUGAAAAUAACUACCGUAUAUACUCUAGUAUAAGUCGACCCGAAUAUAAGUCGCAACCCCUAAUUUUACCCUAAAAAACUGGGAAAACUUAUUGACUCGAGUAUAAGACUAGGGUGGGAAAUGCAGCAGCUACUGGUAAAUUUCUAAAUAAAAUUAGAUCUCCAAAAAAUGAUAUUAAUUGAAUAUUUAUUUACAGUGUGUGUAUAUAAUGAAUGCAGUGUUUGAAUGAAUGCAGUGUGUGUGUGUGAAUGAAUGCAGUGUGUGUGUGUGAAUGAAUGCAGUGUGUGUGUGAAUGAAUGCAGUGUGUGUGUGAAUGAAUGCAGUGUGUGUGUGAAUGAAUGCAGUGUGUGUGUGUGUGUGAAUGAAUGCAGUGUGUGUAUGAGUGCAGAACCUUGGUGGGGGGUGGGCAUUUUUAUUAUUUUUUUUAUAUUAUUAUUUUAAUAUUUUUUUUUUUAAUAUUAUUAAUAUUUUUAUGUUAUUUUGUAUUUAAUUUUUUUUUUCGUCCCCCCCCUCCCUGCUUAAUACCUGGCCAGGGAGGAGGGCUCUCAUUCCAAGGUGGUCCAGUGGUGUGCACUGUGUAGGAGGGGGCUGGCAGGAAGCGUUUACGUACCUCUCCUGCAGCUCCUGUCAGCUCCCUUCUCUCUCCUCCGGUCCGGUCAGCUCCACUGUAAGUCUCGCGAUGUGACUGCCGCGCGGAGCAUUGCCACGGCUCUGACCCCGCGGCUCUCGCGAGACUUACAGUGGAGCUGACUGGACCGGAGGAGAGAGAAGGGAGCUGACAGGAGCUGCAGGAAAAGUAAGUAAACGCUUCCUGCCAGGCCCCAACAGGACUGCCGAGCUUGUAAUGAGCCCGACGGUCCUUGUCUGUAUUAUGGCAAUGUAAGUUGUCAUAAUACAGACACUCACUCAAGUAUAAGACGAGUGGGGGUUUUUCAGCACAAAAAAUGUCUUAUACUAGAGUAUAUAUGGUACUUUAAAUAUUUGAACUAUGCUAAUGUUUAAACCUUUCUGGUUUCAUUUAUAUGUUUAUUGAUUUUAGUUUAGUUUUUUUUCCCCCAGGUACUGGUGUAGGCAAUGUCCCCCUUAUUUAGUGUUUCCAUUUUUUUUAAAAAUUUUUUGGUACAGGAACUUGUGCGUGCUAUUCAGCAAACCAUGAUUCAACUUCUAAAAUGAGGACAGUGACCCAUCUGUAAUAUACAAAUCCACAUUCCAUUAAAUUGGGUAAUGGCAACGACCCCUGCAUGUUGGGCUAAGGUAACAUCCCCAGGGCGUACUUGAAAACCAGAGUAAUCUGAAUGUACCUUUCCUGAUUAAAUACUUUAAUAUUAUUAUUCUGCAAAAUCCCAAUCGUUUUGACUCUCCCAGUUACAGAGCUCCCCAUCUGACACAGGACCCUAAUCAAGUAAUGUUUAGUGUUCCAAAGUUUGGACACUGACUUAGAUGGCACAAGGACACAAUUUUGAGUUUGGACCUUGGGGUUAAAAAUUAUUUUUUCUAAUACAAUGUGAAUCAUAAACGAUUGAUCUUAACAAAUUAUUGAUUGAAUAUUGUGGUUUUCAAAGAAACCUUCUGCACUUUUAAUUCUGAGAAGAUACUUUUACAUUUACACUAUCCCUUCCAGUCUUCUAGUAUAGCUAACAGAGAAAACCCAAUCCUGGACCGCUCUUCUCUUGGGUAUCAAAUUAAAAUGUAUUUGUUUUCUAAGAAGUGACACUUUUGGCUGUUAUGACCAUUGUCCAUUAAUGAUAUAAAUAAAUGUCAAUAUAAAUUUAUUUGUGUAUGCAUUUUGGAUACACAUAUUGAAAGUUAAGUUGUUUCCAGCCACUAUGCUCUCUGUCUACCUGUUAACCUGUGGGAGGCUUCACCGUGGGCCUGUGGAAUUCAGACUGCGGGCUGUGCUGGGGGAGAGUGGGGGGCUGUUCACCACUCCCUUCUGGCUUCCACUUGGUGUUGACAACAGAGCAGCUGUAUAGGCGAGGAAUGGGGGCAGUCUGUAUCAUCAAGUAAGUGGCCUCAGCCGUCCCUGAUCUGCAAUGUGAUCCUGUCCCACUCAAACAGCAGUGUGUUUCAGGGCCCCAGAGGUUAUCAUGGUACCAGUAAUAGCCCUUUAAUUAUGGCCCUGAGACCAGUAGAGACAUCACCAGUCUAAGAAGGGAGAGGCUUUCCCACAUUUUUUUUUACAUCUUAAAACGGAAGUCUUUUGAAAAAUCAGUCCGUGAAUGUAUAAGAACUUGUAUGUAUCUCAAGAGUGGCAGGUUUACGACGACGCCUGUUUCCAUUCAGACAGAUUUGCAUUUGUGCAAAAUGGAAUCUAACCGUAUGUGGCUGGCAGAGCAUAAAAAGGUUGAUUUUUGCUGUUGUUUUUUUUUUUUUUUUUAGGGAUGGCUGGUUCCCGUUAUUGGUAUUUGUUUUGUUUACCUAUAUUUAUCCUUAUAGUUAUAGAAACAAAAGUUUUACAUGCUAAUUAAAAUGAACAAAUUAAAGUAAGAAGUACUUACACUAGAACAUCUAUCCGUGUUAACAAAAAUACGUAAAUAACAUUUUCUGUAAAGAAAUAAUGCUGACUCAAUCUAUAGAUGAGAUACAGUUUAGUGUUUCCUCAUAUCUACAGGAGUCAAACAUUCUUUGCAUUAGAACAUGCCCAACUGUCUGAUUACUCUCCAGCUCUGUAGAACUACAAAUGCCAUGAUGCUCGAUCAUUAACUUUGGCACCCCAGGUAUAUGCUCCCUGAUUCCCCUGAUCCGCAGUCUUCCUGCAGGUUGGCUGAGUUAUAGAAACGUUGAUUUUUCUGUAUAUAAAUUCUCAACUAAUGUCUAUACAGGGCUAUAUUAAUAACCGAUUGGGGAGGGAGCAUUCAUUUAAAAAAAAUAAAAAAAAAAUCUGCAUAUUUGCUAGAAAUUAUGCAAGUACAUUGUAUAGACUGCAUGUGGCCUUUUAAAAGGACCACCCUGAGGGUGCCCCCACCCUCAGGGACCCCCUCCCGCCCGGCUCUGGGGAGAGGAAAGGGGUUAAACUUACCUUUUUUCCAGCGCCGGGCGGGGAGCUCUCCUCCUCCUCUUCGGCUGAAUGCACAUGCGCGGCAAGAGCUGCGCGCGCAUUCAGCCGGUCUCAUAGGAAAGCAUUCAUAAAGCUUUCCUAUGGACGCUUGCGUGUUCUCACUGUGAUUUUCACAGUGAGAAUCACGCAAGCGCCUCUAGCGGCUGUCAAUGAGACAGCCACUAGAGGCUUUGAGGGCUGGAUUAAACCAUUUAUUCUUUGAAACUAUGUUUAUUAAAAAAUGGGUUAAUCCUAGAGGGACCUGGCACCCAGACCACCUCAUUAAGCUGAAGUGGUCUGGGUGCCUAGAGUGGUCCUUUAAUGUGAGCAUAUCUUCUAAAAAGUGUGUAAAUCAUGAGCGAUACACUUUUUUUAAACUACAGGAAUUUUACCCAGACAUCUAGCCCAAGUCUAUUAUGUUAAGAAGCCAUGAAUACAUUAUUGAGGCAUCAAAUAAAAAGGAAUCUGGUACAUGCUGGCAAAUACAUUGUAAACAAAUGUAAUAGGUAUACAAUAAUAAAAUAUUUUAAGAGGUGUAUUUUUUUUUUUUCUAUUCCUAUUCUACUUGAUAACAUUUUUAAUAAAUGUUUAUAUUACUAGAAAGUAACUAAAGUUUUAUUAUUGCUUGUCUGAUGCAUCGCUUGGAUUUUUUAUCAAUACUUGUAUUUUCCAAUACAGUGAGGGCUUCUUGCUCUUUUGAAAGGCAGUUUAAAAUAGCCUUUUUUUUUCUUUCUGUAAGCCAUCAUUUGAAACCCAUGACGAUGGAGGAAUUUUUUAUUUAAUUUUUUAAGAUUUCUUCCAACGGGCCCCCGGAUCUAUCUCCACAAUGAAAUCCAUCCUAGUUUGUGAACCAAAUCAAUAAAUCCUUAGCAACAGGACCAGUCUUUCUGUAGUUUCCCCUGUGUAAUAAUCCUUUCACUUGUCAGUAAGAGGAUUAAACUAAAUUAAAAAGAAAUUACUGCUCAGUGUGAUACUUUAAAGCAAAUUGUCCGGUCUUGGGAUCCUCUUCGCAUUGCUUCUCUGACGUAAAACCUGGCUCCAGCCUCACACUAUGGUGAUUGCACUUGGCAGUGUGCUUUUAUGUCAGAUAUCGUCAUGCGCAUGUGCAAAACAAAGUGGGAUACAUAUUAAACAAGCAGGAUGCAUGUACAUAUUGUUCAAAUAAUGAUCAAAUAAUUGUUUUGGUUCUUAAAGACAGCUGUCACAUUAAAACAAUUUUUAAUCCUUUUAUCAAAUAAUUAAAUGGAAUAGAUCUAAAAAACUAAAGUAUAUGACAAGAUCCUUCAGCCAUAUACAUACAUCUUGGGUGAAACAAUGUUUGAAAACUAACAGUUUCUAUAGUCCUCCCUGCUUCUGUGCAUAGAGACUAAUUCUGUUUCCAAACACUGUAUGACACAAGGUAGAUAACUGAAGGAUUUGGUCAUACACUAAGAAUAGGAAUGAAUUUUUCCUAUUUUUACAAUGUGUGUGUGUGUAUAUAUAUAUAUAAUUACUUAAAGGAACAAUAUAGUUGGGAAUGCAAACAUGUCUGUGACCCCCAUGUCUAUGCAGUGAACGGAUCUCCAGCAUCAGAUUUUUUCCCAUAGGAAAGCAUUGUAUAAUGCUUUCCUAUGGGGGUGUCUAAUGCGCGCGUGGCCAUUGCCACGCAUACGCAUUAGAUCUCUCCCGCCGGCUGACAUCGGUGGGAGAGGAGCAUCGGCGGAGCAUGACCCAGCACCGAGGGACAUCGGCGCUGAAUUCAGGUAAGUGGCUGGAGGGGUUUUAACCAGUUCAGCCCCAUGGGAGGGGGCCCCAAGGGAAGGGGGGACCUAUUAACCCUAUAGUGCCAGGAAAACAUCUUUGUUAUCCUGGCACUAUAGGAUCCUGUGAGAAAACCCACCGGGGGUUUUCUCUGAGCAUUCAUCUGUUUAGUUUAUUCGGUUAGUUUAUGCCACAUUGGUUAGUUAGAUUGAAACUACCGAACACAGACCACCCUCCUGGCUCAUUGACUUCGAAGAAGCCCGUCAAUUAAGCGCUCUCUCAGGGUGGCUGCCAUUCGUAUAUACGAAUGCCACGUGGCGGAGAAAACGACGGCCAUCUUGUUUGUUCGGGACAAAGGCAGCGGGACUUGGUCAUCGAGUGUCUGGAACUAAAAUCAGACACUCGACUUCCCGAACACCGGUCUCAAGCAUACGAACGAUGGAACUGUAUUUCCCGAACAGCUACGAGAGCGCUUUUCGGUACUUUGAUGUAUUUGUAUGAGGGGAACAAUCGCUCCUAUGAGCCAGGAGGCUCUGUUCGUGGAUUAUGGAGUUAUUUGACAUUUUCAGAAUUGACCGACCGCACACUCUGAAUUCGUGGAACUAUUUUGGGCAAGAGCUUUGUGUGUGUUUUUGUGUGUGAAGGGUGCAUAGGGUCUGUGCUGUGUGUAGGUGUGAAAAUCUAUCUUAAUGUCUCCCACUCCCUUCUUCUUACCUUUUACCAGGGAGGGGGGCAUAAUACUGCAAGCUCUGAUAAUCCAGUGGUGACAUGUUCACUUUAUCCUUCAUCUCCUCCAGCUGAAGGCGGAUUUUCCUGUCUUCCUGCGAGCACACCACUGUAUUGGAUCAUGGUAACAGGCGGCAGCACUCCGACCAGCCUGCUCGCGGGAGGAGCACAGAGCCUCCUAGGCCCUUCCUUUGAAGUGCCAGCGGGACGGUGAUGGAGAUCUUUGAUUAAUCACCAGCCCGAGAGGGCUUACAGCAAGGCUGGCUCUGCGUGGGCCGUCAGGGGAGAUGAAAGGAUCUUCCCUGCUGGCCUUGGUCCACGGCCAAUGGACGCUUUCUGCAGAACCCACCACCGCCCACCUGAAAUUCCAAAUUGCCCAGUAGUGGGUGGUAGAGACCAGGUUGACUACCCAUGGUCUAGACCAGGGGUAGGCAACCUAUGGCACUAGUGCCAUGCACGGCACUCAAGGUGUCUUUGCACGGCACUCAAGGCUGCUAGAGCAAAACAGGCACUGGCCUAUCAGGAGUCCCAGUGAAACUUCAGAUAUCUGCUAAUACGAAAAGAUGGUUGAGGACAAUCCUCAAUUUAUGCAUUGCAGCACAUACAGCAAGUGAUCUCAGAUAACUUCCUCCCAGCACUUGUGAAUUGGAAUCUACACAGUAGUAGAGCAGCUUGCGGCUGUACCUGGCCAGCCUUGUCCCCACUGGAACCCAGGGCCACCCACACUGCUAGAUAUACACGGAGCUGCAGAAUAACCCUCCUCUCAUACAAAUAAUAUAAACAGUCUGCACAAACACAACACCACCAACAAUCCACAUACAUGCACACAACCCCACAUGCAGCCUCUCACAUGCAAUACCCCAAACAGCCCCCACACAUACACACACUACCAAACACACAAUGUGACAUAUCCAUCCACACACACAAUUCCACAAGCAGUCCCCAUACACAUUCAUAUGUAUCAUACACGAUACCACAAACUACUCCUGAACAUAUACAAUAUAAUAGCUCAUAUACAUACAAAUACAACAAUAAAAAGCAAAUGCAGUAUAAAUAACACAAGCAGAAUACGGCAGCAUACACACCUCAAUUUAAAAAAAAAAUAGGACUGGCACGCUACGGGACAUCACAAUCCUAUAUCGGCACAGUGCUGCUAAAAGGUUGCCUACCCCUGGUCUAGAUAGUUACUAUGAAGUUCCUAUCAUGUGUUGUUUUUUGUUUUGCUUUUUAUUAAUUAAGCAUUUGAUUUAUCUGCUAUGAUGUGUUUUUUUUGAACAUCUGACCUAAAUUCUUUGCAGAAUUAAAAAAGUUUCUUCAACAUCUUUUCUGCAAAAUACAGUUAAUUCACAUUAUUUGUCAAUGUUAUGUAAAGAAUUGAAUGCUGCUCUGUUACAGUAACUACAGCUCAUGCACUGUAGUGGCUGUGAAUAUUCAUCUAGCAUACCUAAUAAAGCCAGUGUGUCUCCUUUGAGGUUUUUAGGUUUGGUAUUUCAUUUUUAAAACAUAUAGAGCGUCUCUAACCCUGAUGUUUCUGUUACAUAUUUUUCUGCUGGUUUUUACCGUAAGUAGUGAAGUUCCAUUACAUUCACAAGUGAGGAUUAUACAGCUCAAGCAAAUUUAUCAGAACUGAAUUAUAGCUCUGGAAAGUGUAAGUGUAUCUGUUCUCAAAUAUCUAAACUUGUUUAAACUACAUCUUUGGAUCUCUCUCUGCUGGGAUUCCUUCUACAGGUGAUCCCAUCAUUCGCAAGGAAGAGAGACUCCUGGUUUGGUUGUAUUGCUGCCUAUACCUUUGCAUCCAAAGAACUUUACAAGUGUUUAAUCAAGGCAUCUUGUCUACUGCACUAAUACGGCUAAUAAUAAAUAUAUAUAUAUAAUUAUACUAGGUCUUAUGCUAUGUUCCUGUUGUCAGGGUCUGCAUCCUCUUGUAAGAUGUAUUUGCCUUCCCCGAUGAGUUUGCUGUUAUAAGCAGAUUGUAGCAUUAUAGGGAUAACUCUCCUGGAGAUUUGCCUUGGCAGAAAAACUCAAACCACAUGUUCUAAUUGAAAACUCUCUGCCCCGAAAUGAUUGCCAUUCAUACAUUGCUUGUUACAUAGUAACAAUGAUGGACUGUCCUGAUCUGUGCAGUUCCUUCUAAGGAAAUCCCUUGCUCUCUCCUUACGUUUCUCCCUCCAUCAUGUUCGAUGUAGCAGACUAUAAUGUUUCAGGAUGUCCUCGUUCUCUUUAGUCCCUGUGUGGUUUUGUCUCUUCUUGGUGGGCCAGUGACUGUGCUUGACUUUUUUUUUUAAAUUUGAUAUUUGUUUUUUUUUUUGCUUUGCUUGCAUGCUAAAUCCUACACUCUUGCUCAGUCUAAUACCCUGUAGAAUGUAAGCUCAUUUGAGCAGGGUCCUCUUCAACCUAUCGUUUCUGUAAGUUUUCUUGUAAUUGGCCUAUUUAUAGCUAAAUCCCCCCUCUCAUAAUAUUGUAAAGCGCUACGGAAUCUGUUGUCGCUAUAUAAAUGGCAACAAUAAUAAUACCAGUAUAUUCAUUUACAGUUCUCAAACCAUAUGACUGGUAAUUCACUCUCUCUUGCAGAGCUAUAGAUACCAGGAAAUGUUUUGUGUACAGUUGUAUAACAGGCACAGAACAAGAAAUCAAGGUCUGAGUUUUCUGUAUAAAGGAUUUACUAUUUUUGCACAGCAAUGCAUUGCCAGAUAUAGAUUUUGCUUUGAAGCUGUUGGGAUAGCAUUGGCCUUCCCUGUUAGAUCUUUGUUGUUAAGGUAUUUAUUGCUUAAGUAUAUUUUUCAGUUCUGUGGUGUGUUUAUGAUUUCUAAAUCUUGAAAAACAAAAUUCUAGUUUUUAAAACUGCAUUAUUGGUCUUAAUCUCAUAGAAAUGGCUGCACUCUAGGCUGGGGCAUAAUCAGAAUGAGGUAACUGAUUCAAUGAUAUUUUGUGCAUUUUACCUACAUGCAGAUAAGUUUCACUGAUAGAAUGUCGUAGUGGGUGUUGUUGGGUGAAAGGUUGUGUAGAAAGAAGGGGUGGGGCGGAGUUGUUGUUUUUUUUUCUCAAAAUAUUCCUUGUGACAAAAUCCCUAUUUUGCUUUCUCCAGAAUCAUUCUCCUCCUCCGUUUGGACAUUACGUUAUUAUUUUAUUCCCUAUUUAUUUUGACGAGACUAAGUACCGAACACUGACCCCCCCCGGCUCAUUAAGUUCAAACAAACCACAGGAAUUCAGAGCUCUCUUUGUGUGGCCGUAGUUCGUAUAACCGAACAACACGUGGUGGAGAAAAGGCGUCCAUCUUGUCGCACCAAAGCAGGCAGCUGGACUUAGUUGUCGAGUUCCUGAUACUCUGAGGCUGCCACUCGAUGGCCCAAACACCGGUGAAACCAUACGAAUGCCUGCUUCUGUUCGCGGCAAGCCAGGGAGUGCACUGUUCAACAGAUUGUUCGACUGGAUCUCCCGAACAAACACUGUCCUAUGAGCCAGGAGAGCCGUUCUCCUUUAUUUAUUCACCUUUUUAUUUUGCCUAAAAACCCUCGAACUAGGCAGACCUCUCCAGAGCAGUCGGUCAAAUCUUCACCCCAGUAGCGAUUCGACUAUGUUCGUGGGAUCUGAGCGCUGUUCGGAUAUGUUUUGCCCUCAGAUCCAAGCUAUCUGAUGUGUAGACUAUGGAGGUUCGGUUAUACGAAAUAUAACUUUAUGUAUUAUAAAGUUUUUUUGUGAGUUUUGUAAAAAUGUUAAUAUUUUCUGUACCUGGAUAUAAUUGAAUUUAAUACUUUACUUAACCCAAUUAUCUCUCAGGUAUAGAGGAGGGACCCUCUGUCUUAUGCAGGAGUGUCCUGGACCUGAGAGUCAAUGUCAUUGGGUGAUUGUUUUGUACCAUUGUCCCCACUCAGAUCCAGAGAGGAGUGCCCCUUGCAUCGGGACCUGCAUAAAAGGCCAUCUGUGGCUUCCAUUAAACAGAAUGCUUUACCCCUUCAUGAAGUCUUGCCUCAUGUUUGGGGGAUUGGGAGUUAUAAUCACUACAACUUCUUCUAUGGUUGGAUUUCGGGAGAUUCUUCACGGAUGUACUCAGCUGCAGUAUAGGGGAUCCGUUACAUUCCUAAUGUGGUCUGAUGGUGACAUAGAAACAUAGAAACAUAGAAUGUGACGGCAGAUAAGAACCAUUAGUUAAUUCCUCUUCCCAUCGCAUUGUCUGUUAAUUCCUCUUCCCAUCGCAUUGUCUGUCCAUAGUAUGUCUGAUGUGCUGUUUUACAGUAAUUCUGUCAUUACAUAAUAUUGAACAUUUUCACACUUCAAACUCUCUGGCUUUGAACCUCAAUUUCUCUUCUUCAGCUUCCAUUAUGUGAAACUAUAAGCUCACAGGUCGUUUUGUUUAAACGUGCUACAGAUACCAGAUUAUAAAAUCAGAAGCAAAAUCGCUAAUCUUCCUGUGAGAGAGCUCUGUGGACAGGACUCCAGCUGCUGUAUCUCAGUGACAUGUUGGAUUCCCCAGCAUGGUUAACCUUUCAUCUUGGGUACGAAGAACAUCAAGACAUACUGGGAAACUACGUAAAAGCUAAACCAAGCUUUCUUGGUUUAAAUUACUUGAAUCUUUUUAUUUUUUAUUUUCAAUCAAUGGAUAUUCGCUAAUCUUUGUAAAGGGCUAGAAAAAUGUUGUGCGUAUUAGAAUGAAUUUGUGGAAUGAAGAAGUGGUAAAGAAUUUGGAUUUUGUUCUGCAGAGCCAUUGUUGAUUUCUGUAAUGUCUGGGGUUAGUCUAUUUAUUUAACCCCUUUUCUGCAAAAUGAACACCCCCCUUCAGCACGAGAUGGCAACUUGAUGCAUGCUGCCGUUACACACAGUGAACCACUGGCAAUUUCUCACUGCUGUUAUGCGAGGUGAGGGGGGACUACGAACAUACCUCCUCUACUCCCCAUAGAGCCCCUGUUUAAAAGGAGCAACUCUGCCAAAAAGCAGCAACAGCAGUUAAAGAGAAUUUUAAUUUUAGAUCCCUAGCUCUUUUAUUUUGUAUCUGUGAGGGGCAACGUGCCUUUGAUUUGAAAGCACAGAAUACGCCCUUGCAAAUAAAGGGUCUCUUGCUCUUGCCCCCGAUCCCCUUCACUUCACUCUCGAACACAUGCAUUUAAUCAUAAUUACAAAUUAUACUUCUUAAUUUUUAGAGUGUGAUAUGGACUUUACAGUGCCCCUAUUUCUUCCUUUGUUUACCUUAGAGGGGUAUGAGACUCUCUACAUUUGAAAGAAUGGAAUUCUCGCUUUUCAAUAAAGACGUAUGAGCUUGGUAAUAGUGAGCAUCUGUCCAAAGGAGAGAGACAGAUCUUUAAUAUAUUAGAAUGUGAUUUGGAGCCCCUAUCUCAUCAAGAUGGCAUACUGCGCAUGUACACUACACCCCCAUAUGAAAGCAGGUAUUAUUUUUCUUUCAAAUUAAGGUCUCAUCUAGGUUGCAUAUGAUUGUAGCUAACAAAUAUAUGCAUGUCACUAAGCACGAAUCACUUGGUUACAACUUAGUUUCUAUAUGCAUUUUAUUACUGUAAAGGUUUUAAAUAGAAACCGAAUUCCUGACACAGCAAUAAAACCUAUACAUGUCUGUGCAGUGCGUAGGCUGAUACAUGGUCUGAGAUUUUGCUGUGGACUUUUAUCAGUAUUAGUAAUUUCUUGAGUUCUACAAUAGUGUUUCACAGCCUUUUUUUUUUUUUUCUGUGUGGCUUAUUCAUCCACCAACCCCUGCCAUCAAUCUUUUCAUUAACAAGUAAUCCCUAACCCAUAAAGUGAUAAUUGCUACAUGUCUGUACACAGUGGUGGAGGGGAUCAAGUGUAAAAUAAGCAAUGAUCUCUGGAGUACACGGUUUAUUUCUGCGCAGUAAAUUACUUCAUUUCUUGUGUAGUAUAUCUCCUAAUGGCAAAUACCACCACAUUCUAAAACUAGAACGCCCUUUAAGAUGUACCCCAUGGAGUGUAAGACAUACACCUGGAGGAAGUGUGGCAGCUAAGACUGCCUUCAACUUAUACAUUCAAAUCCUUUUUUUUUAUUUUUUUAUCUUAAGUAUUUGUAUUUUUUGUUUCAAACAUUUUACUAGAUAAAGCAUUUGUAUAUUUGAAUUUUUAACACAAUAUAUAAUCUGUUGUUUUGUGGAAUUGGCACUUGGCCUUAAAUGUUUUUGUAGCAUAGAUCUGUAACAUAAAAAAAAAAAAAAUGAAGGUGUCUAAAGAAUUUCUGAAUGCACAUUCAGUUACCUGAUCCUUCCCUCUUGUGUGUGUCUUGUGGCGUUUUUGGAAUUGUUUCGAGAUAUAAGAAAUUAGUCUGUUGCCUACUAGGGGAUUUAAUCAGUGAGACGGGAUAUAUGUUGAACUGUCACCCUAGGCCUAAAUUACAUUUAUUUCAAGACACAAGUCAGUACUGACUAGCCCCAUGUAGUUUGGGACUCCUUGUGGAUCUGUCACAUAUACAGCUUCGAUCAACCAAAAAAUAAUUAUCAGGACCUCUCCCCAGAUGUGUGCAUUCUAUCUUUUAUUCAGGAUUUCUUUUUAUUUUAUUUUUUUACUUAUCUGCAGAAUAAAUUACUGUGAGGAAAAAAAAUGGAAAAAUAUAUUGUUUCCACGUCCAAUUUAUCCUGGUGUGUAGCCCCACCGUUUUGUUACAUGUCAAUACAGACGAAGUCAACAUUUAUAAGGGCAGUCUGUGCGGGAAUUGACUUCCAUUUUUUUAUUACUAAUACAGUCUGUAGAACUAGUUCAAAGCAGAGGCUGUUUGUGUUAACAAAAAAGCUUUGCUUGAUUUUUAGAGUCCAAACAAUAGAAUUAAGGUGUUUUUUGUUACGAAAAUACUUCUGUAAAUUUCCUGACUAUCACAGUCGUAGUCCAAGUAUAUAGAUCAUUAAAAGAACACUAUACUGUAUUGGAAUACCAACAUAUUCUCAAUACUAGUGAGUAGUGUUCUGCAAACUAUUUAGGUGACUCUCCCCUGCCCCUCCUCUGUGCGCAUUGAAAAAUAGAUUUUAUUUCCUUUUCCUUUUUAAAUCACUCUGUCUUGCUUCUUGUAAAUCUUGUGUACUGUUGAAGAGGGAUUAAAUAGCCUCUCUCAUGCCGAUAACAAUGAUAAUUAGACUCUUAAUUGGGGAAUUAUUGGAUCUCCUGAACCACAAAGACUUAAUGAAAGCUUUCCUCAAAACAAUGUCUCAUUAUUGCACAAAAUGUGCAGACUUGGUUUAGCUUUAUUUAGUCUUGAUCAGAGACUUUGUCAUUAAACUGACACGGACACUUUGUGUUUAACGUGUUAUCUGUUGCUGCCGGUAGCCCUUAUAUCUUCCUGUGAAGCAUUUUUCUUGGAUCGUGAUUGCUGGAAUAACAGUGACUGGAUAGAAAAUGAAAAUCAAUCUCCAUCACCCUGAUGGGAACUCCAGAUAUGCUGACUUCAAAUUACACGUUUGAGUAGAUGUCAGGCUAUAUGUGGUGUUGAGCAGUGCUGUACAGAAUAGCCAUGUUUGUGUUAUUCUACUUUGUUAGCAAUGUAUCGGUGUAUGGCUAAAUGUGAGAUACCUCUGUAAGAGUACCUUUUUAAUCAAUUGUUACUGGAUGCAAGUGUAUUGAUCAUGGUUGAUUAUAUUUCUUUCUUGUCCUGUGUUUAAGUGUUUGUGUAUUUUAAUAUUAUAUUAUACUGUACCCUAUUGUAACAAUGUGCCUUUCCGAGGAAACAUUCUGUAGCUUUGUUACCGUGUGUCAGAAAUUAACCUUCAAAUGAUAUCUGUGAUGACCUCUCACUUCAGUACUUGCAAAUUGAACUGCUUCUUUAUAUGGGAUAUUCUGUCACUAGGUGUGUGCCAAGUUUAUGGUUUUAUACUCUCUCAUAUCACUUAUACACUAAAAAUAGAACAGCAGAUAGAUCUACAAACCAGGUGAUUUAGUGUCAGAUAUUCAAGUCUGAAAAUACAAGCAUCAGCUAGCGAGAUAUUCAUUUAUUCCCUAUAUUCCGUUUUGUAUGCUGGCGGCAGCCUUGUGUUUGCUACAUCCUGUCUCCCGGGCCCCUAGUUCGCUAACAUUGCCCUCUAGUCAAUACAUUGUCAGGAGUAGACAUUUCUUCUACACUUUGCUCUGGUAGACUUGCUUGUGUAUAUAUAGAAUUCUUUACAUUUCUUUUAUAUGACCUGUCAGUAUUUCUCUUCAUCCAUGUCUAAUCCGUCUGCAUAUAAUAGGUUGGCAAUGUGCUUGCUCAGUGUGCCCCCUGAGAGGAGUGUACAUCUGUGUUUGGUUCCCCUGCUUUGGUUUGUGGCUGGAAAGUACCACACAUGGCUUCAUGCACAGACAGUAACGCUACCAUUGCUCCAUCGUUUUUGUUGGAUGGUGUGUGUUGUUUAUACUCUACAGAAAGGGUGCCCAAAAGGCAGACGCCCAGAUGUUUUUGCACUACAAUUUCAAUGAUGCUUUGCCUGCCUUUAGAAUUACAAAGUAUCAUGGAAGGUGUAGUUCUACAACACCUGGGAAUCUACCUUGUGGCCACCCCUGCUCUAUGGCAUUGCAUGCGUUUACUGUGUUCAGCAGGUUAAAUGCUUCAUGGGCUAUAUUCAUUUUCGAACAGGGAGGCCAGCAAAUCAAUUAGCAUUUCCAUAUGCAGCAGAAGCACACAUUUGCUGUUACUAGAUGAGGUACACAAAGUUGUUUUAGAUGUUUGUGUGUUGUUGUUUUUUUUCCAGGAGGCUUGUGGGGGAGGGCUGUUCUCUUUAAUUUUCUUUUAUUUUCAGUAAAAUUUGCAGUGUCAUUUUCUUAAUCUUUUCCCGAUGAGAUAAGACCCGAAGGCAAUCAAACACUACUUAGAUGUAAGGGACCUGCAGACAGAGACACAAUCUUUGCUUGUCCUGAUCAUUGCACUGCAAUUGAAGUUACCACCUGACAAAAUUGUGUCUACCAGACUCCCCACGAACGAGAAACCUCUGUUUGUUGGGCUAUAUGUUACAUCCUUUUUGCUGUCCAUACAUUCCAGUUCAUGAGUUCAAAUAAAUGCUUUUGGUAUCUUUUUAUAAAUUUAAAUAAAUACUAUAUAACAGAAUUAUUCACCAAAGUGCGAAUUCAAGGUGAAUUUCAAAUUUCGGGUCAAAAUAGCCAAACUUGAAAAACUCUUAGUUAUGCUUCCCAUUCGCCUACUCUGGUCUUAAAUUUUAAAUUUGCUAUGAAUUCCAACUUCUCACUAUAGUAAAUAAUUCUGUAAAUGUGUCCCUGGUCUAUAGUCUGCCUUUCUUGCUGGAUGUAUGUUUGUAAGGUGGUUUGAAGUUGUUCAAAUAAACACCUUUUGCAUGGCUUACGUGGCUCCCAGUCAACCUAUUGAAAGUGCUUGUUUUUUAUUCUCCCUGUCUGACUGCGUUAGAAAUUCAACAGGUAUCUUUUUGCCCGCAAACUUAAUUAAAUAAGUUUUAGUGUGUGCCUACUUGACGGAGUAUUUCAGGCCAUGUAACAAUGUAUCUUCUCACCGUUUGUAUAACGAAAAGGAUAAAUACAGUGCCUAGUCAAAAUCUGUAGUAUUGGAUAGCAAACUCAGAAAAUGUUUUUUUAUUUUUAUAUUUUUAUUUUGUGUUUUCUCAUAUAUUUUUUUUAAGGUGGGGAGAGGGGGAGAAGAAAACCAGAAAAUAUUUCAGACCUCUACAUGCUUUGUGGUAUCCUUGCGUGAGGAUAUGUUGCAUUAAAAAAUAGGUUUAGUAACUAGUUUACCUUAUGAGGGAGUCAUAGAUGGAGUUAUAUAUAAAGCCAGCGUAAUAAUAUGUGUAAUAGGCAUGCUGACUAACUGGCUUGUCUGCGUUUAGAACCCUAACAUUCUAUCAGUCUGCUACUACUGAGAGCCUGUCUGUCCCUUCACUGCUCUACCGCCGGUGGGGAGAGGGUUUGUACAUUAUUAUUAUUUUACUAAAAAUCAACCAUUACACCAUCUUCCAUAGCUUACUGACAGGAAGUUCAUGGUUAAUGUCAGGAUUAUUCACUAAAUGGCGCAUUGCAAACGUUACGCCGAUAUAACGCACAUGGAGAAAUUCUAAUGUUGCUGUUCUUCCUGGCAUAUGCAAUCUCCUUUAUAGCUUGUCUGCAUUUCCUUUUUAACGAACAACCCAGAGCUCUCUAGCAGACUCUCUCCCUUAUUUCGUGCUAUGAGAAUAUAUUUUAAUAAAACUCUCACCGCUGGUGAAAAAUGUAUUUAUUUUGCAGCCAUUAGAAUCUCUAUUAAUAUAGAAAGUGUAUUGCAUAGGCUUUAGGGAUAAUAUUCUAUUUGUAGAAAGCCCCAGUGGCUGCUGUCAUUUUUCAAUGAAAGACCGAAUGUGUAGCUGUGUUUAUACAGCCGGUUGCAGUCUGCCCCCGGUGGCGAAAGAUGAUGCUGUUGCUGGGUAGACAGAAUAUUUAUCAAACAUAUAUUAGUCUAGUGCACAUGCAUGUUAGUUUUCCUGUCAAUCGUUCCUUAAAUUCUUAUUGAUCUAUUAAAGUUUGGUGUCUGGAUCACUUAUGGUUCUAAACAUAUUUGUACCGGUAUAUUCAUUUGCUGGAGUAAAACUCCUGUCAUGCUCAGCAGACUGGCUCUCCGAGUGUGAUCAAAUCUGCUAGGUUCCGUGAAAUAUUUCUGUUAGGCAUUUAUUUGAAAAUGGAAAUUCAAUGCCCCUUUUCCCCACUGGCAAAAAUUUUUUUCCUCCUAACAAAAAGAGAAGGAUGGGGAAGUAGCCUGGUACAUUGUGCAUCUCAAGAUGUGUUUUUCUGUAAUAUAUUCUUUAAAUACAUUGUAGAACAAUAAAAAACAUGUUCUCUUGGUUUAGAGGAUUUCACUAACCAUUGAAAACCGAUGUCAUUAUAGGUUACAUGUCUUGCCUGUGACCAUAAGUCUAAUACAAUUGAGCCAUUCUGGGACUUAUCUCUGGAGUUUCCUGAAAGAUAUCAUUGCAACUGCAAAGAGACAGCCUCCCAGCGACCUUGCUUGCUUACAGAAAUGCUGGCCAAAUUCACAGAAACAGAGGCCUUAGAAGGGAAGAUCUAUGCCUGCGAUCAGUGCAACAGUGAGUAGAUGCAGUAUGUAUUAACAGAAAUGUUCUGUUUUCAUAACAUAGCUCUGUACCUCUUCAUUCACAUUCAGCUGCAGCAGCACACAAUUCCCUGGAUAGGACAGAAUAAAUUUAAUUAUCGAACCCUGACUUAUACAUUUCAAGUCCUUUUCAAGUUGGUACUAGCGUGGGUUACCUCAAAUGCAUGUGUUUGUGAUGUAUCCCAGAAUGACUGCAACGAGCAAGUUACAUCCCUUUCCACACUAUUGUGUAUUUAAUGACUGUUAAUGCAAAGGUUUCUUUUUGUGUGUGUGUGUGUGUGUGUGUGUCUCUAUCAGAAUGUGUGAAUGAGUGUAUUUAAGUGAAUUCUCAUUGUGGGAACUGUACGGCUGUGUUGACUGCAUGUGUUGACUGUAUGGUCGGCGUAAUGUGGGAAUGCAGUAUUAGUGUGUAUAAAUGUAGGGUUAGGGUGUAAGUAGAUAUUGUGUGUGUGUUCACGCGUGUUUGUGUAAAGUAGUUGCAAGGAGCAGAGAGGAAAUAUAUUCUGUAAGUUAAAGGAGCACUAUAGGGUCAGGAACACAAACAUGCAUUCCUGACGCUAUAGGGUUAAAACCACCAUCUAGCCACCCCUCAUGCCUCCCUAAAAAUAGUAAAAUCUUACUUGUAUUCAAGCCUGAAGCUGCUGGCUUUGUCACUGUUGUUUUAGACCUGCCUGCUGACAUCAGCAGAAGUGGUAGCAUGAUCCAAUCACAAUGCUUCCCCAUAGGAUUGGCUGAGACUGACAAGGAGGCAGAUCAGGGGCAGAGCCAGCAUGAUUCAAACACAGCCCUGACCAAUCAGCAUCUCCUCAGAAAGAUGAAUUGAAAUAAUGAAUCUCUAUGAGGAAAGUUCAGUGUCUGCAUGCAGAGGGAGGAGACACUGAAUGUUUGGAUGCAUUUUAGGCAAUCAUGACCCAGGAAGGAUCUCUAACAGCCAUCUGAGGAGUGGCCUGUGAAGUUAUCACUAGGCUGUAAUGUAAACACUGCAUUUUCUCUGAAAAGACAGUGUUUACAGCAAAAAGCUUGAAGGUAAUGAUUCUACUCACCAGAACAAAUUCAAUAAGCUGUAGUUGUUCUGGUGACUAUAGUGUCACUUUAAGUGCUUCCACAACAUGCAUCCUCAAGUAAAACUUUUUUUUUAAUGGGAAGGCUUAGAUGGUUUAUGAAUAAAUAGCUGAUACAUUUCAGUGUUACAGCUUGCUCCUUAAUACCAGUGUGGAGAAGUCUACCAAGAGGCUCACACACAGUUAUUUACUAAAUGGCAGAUUUUAGGGAAUUAAAUCAGAAUGGUAAAUUGAGGCCAAGAUGACUAACUUGGAAAAAUGUCUCCAUUGGCUAUAAUUGCAGCACGGCUAUUUUAGCCUCCGAUUUGCAAUGCGGACUUAAUGUGUUAAGUCAGUGUUUAGUCAAUGUCCUUGAUUGGAUCUCACUGUGUACCUUUCCUGAUCCAGGGAUUACUCAUUAAUUUACCUGCAAUAAAACAGAACCCCUAGGUCAGCAGUUAAAGAGGGAAUUGGUUACCAAUAGGGAGAAUGACAUGGGGUGAAUGUUUAUGAUGGCUGACCCAGUGAAUUGGAAAGUGGCACUGACACAACAAGAUGUCUGGAUCUGUCGGUGGUGUUUGACUUUGUCCAUGUCAUGUUAGACUGGAGGAUGUGCAGAACAGGCCAAUAUCUGAUUGUGCUGCUGGUUUACAGGGUCAGUGCAGUCUAGCCCACACACAUUAGAAGCCAGAAGGCUGUAACUCUGUAGUCUGGUGUUCUAUUUACAUGAUGGCUGCCAUGCUGGAUCGCAGCCCAACCCACAGCGAAAUCCGUCUCCUGUGAGCAGAAAGCGACACAGUUCAGAAUUGACAGAUUUAUAGGGCAGACAUCAUUUGCCAGUCUUCCUCUCGCUUAGAAAUUGUAUCAAAUCUGAACUGUUCUUUGAGGUUUAUUAAUUAAAUAGUAAAUUGUGUUAAAUUACAGUUCAUAAUUUAAUGAAUAAAACUCUGCACAUUAUCCAAUGAGGGGGGAAGGAGCUGUAAACCAGCACAGAAUAGAGGGUUAAACUACGGGUGCUUUGAUCUGCUGAUUAACCCUCGCUAUGCUGGGGAGUCGGGCAGCCCUCGUCACAUUUCUUUGUGCUCUAGCAGACGAUAUUAAAGGUAAUUUGUCGCUUCCCAUGAAUUUUAGCACUUAUCCCGAUCUUUAAUAACUAUUGUAAAGCGCUACGGAAUUUGUUGGCGCUAUCUCAAUAUAAUUAUAAUAAUAAUGUACUAGUUCAAAGAGGUAUGGAUUUCUAUGUUUCAUUUUAAUUUUUGCCUAACAGUUAUUAUUUAAUUUUUUUUUCAUUUGCACCGGACAGUCGGCAUACAGUGUAGAAAUUAAGCCAUGUUUCUAUUUUUCCUCCUCAUUUGUACUCAGUACCCUGGAUUUGCCUUCUCUCAACCAGAUUGUGAUGUAAUUUAUUUAAUGUAAACUGAGCAUCACAUGAAAUAAAGUUAAUAUAAGGAAUAUAGGUGAAGUUUAAUGUUGUAUUCAAUGGUGUAUGCCGUUUCCAAGAAAUGACCCUCUUUAAACUUAAGUGUUUUGCAUUCUGUGGAAAAUAAGUGUAAUCGAACACUUGGAAUCUUAAUAACUCCAACCAUAAACUAAUGUUAAAAUGAGUGCAGUGUGUAAUUCACGAACUGUAAGUAACAGGUGACAUCUAGUGGUUCUGUCAUGUAAACACAUGUAUUAAUGGCUUAGUGUGCAGUAAUUCCCAGAUCUUGUCUCCGUAAACACAAUUUACAAUUACUUUAAAGAUCUGGGCAUUUCCCGUAAAUGCACAUAUUUACAGGAACCGUGUUUGACAAAUGUUUGCGUUUUGAGAAGCAAGACAAGAGCAGCUUAAUCACAGACAACAUAAAUCUCAUAUUAAACAAUUUUAGAAACUCUGACUUAUGUGAUUUUAAAGAUUAAAUUAAAUAACUUGUUUAACCCCUUAACACCAGAGGCAAUUGUCUAACGUGAAUCAAAACAAAUCCUAGAAUUUGUACCCCCAAUUAAUAUUUGUUUGUUUCUCUUUGAGUGCACAUAUAUAUAUAUAUAAUGUUUUUGUUUUUAAAAUGAAAUAUACUUUUAUCCUAUAUGUAUAUGUAUAACUUACUAAACCUAAAGUACAAAUAAAAUGUUGAAAAUGGAAAAACACUUUUCUGCAUUUUUGCUUAUAAUUGGUGCACAUCAAGUGCAGUUAAGAAAAAGAACUCUGCAUAAUUCCAUGUAAGCCCUUAUUGUUAAAUGGCUUACAUGUCUAGGAUCUAAAUACAUUUUUGGCAGUUAACACUAACCCUACUACCAGAUAUCUAUGCUAACACUAACUCUAACAGUACACCUACGCUAACCCUACACCCUAAAAGAGCAUUAACCCUGACCUAGCAUUGGCCCUUACUCUGCACUAACCCUACCCUAGAACGCUAACUCAGUGGGAUUCCUUUUGCUGAUAUCAGCAGAGGGAUUUCCCAGCUAGAACGCCGUGUACUGAGUGAUUGCAGCAUGAGCGUGAGAUCAGCUGCAGCUCUGGCAUAUUGUCUCUCCCGGCAGGACACCCUGGGGAUCUACCUCAGAUUGUGGGGAAGUCUCAGAAUCACCAUGACUGAGUCCAAACGUUCCACCACCGGAUUUUACGUUGAUUUAAGUUCUGCAUACAGCCUGUGACCGUAAUAAGAGUCUAACUGACCGAGGGGAGCUCAAGGUAUCGAUUAAUACCUGGGUUUCCAUAUUUGGAGCAGGGUUUGUUCCUUCUCACACCAGAACGUUAGAGCGUUUUUUAUGCUGUCCUUAUGGUGUUGAAGCCAUUAUUAUUAGGAUUCCAUGGAAUAUCCUAAAUAUGUUUUACGGGUACAGGGCUCGGCCCAGCUAGAUCUUAAUUACACUUUGUGAACACCAGCAGGUGACUGAAUAGUUAAAUAUAGUAUUACGUGAGUAUGAGUGAGUUCAUGUCUAUCUUGGCUUUCUGUUGUGGUUCAUUAUGAUGCCUUCAGAACUCCUCUGUCAUUGUUUUCAUAAUGUAUUUAUCCUCUGUUUUCAUUACUCUGAGGCUAACCUGGCCUUCUGCAGAUAUUUAAUUUUUUAUCUAUAUCUAGGAGUUUAACAUUCCACAGAGAACACUCAUAUUAACCCUCUCAGAGCCUGGAAUCCAGUGCUUCUUUCUAAGAUAAUCUAAUAAGCAGUUCUCUAUGUUGUUCUUGAUAUGCUGCAGCCAAACGCAGGAAAUUUUCAUCAAAACCAGUUGUCCUUACAGAAGCCCAGAAGCAGCUAAUGGUCUGUCGAUUACCUCAGGUCCUGCGACUCCACUUGAAGAGGUUCAGGUAAUACAUUCAUUGGCUCGUUACUCUGUGUGAAACUGUCAGUAAGUCUAUGGUUUAUGGGAUUUGCUAGAUUUCCCAUGUGAUAUGGGGCAUGCAAUAAGGUCCUUCUCAACAGAAAGAAGAAACACCCGUAAUACAACACGAGGCCCCACCACUGCCCUACUUGCUUUUUCCUCUACUCUGCUUAUCAACAUGUAGAUCAGAGAAGUAGCUCGAGAGGGAGGGGGAAUGCUCAGAGCAUUGCAUUGUGGGUGUUUCUACCUGCGCAAGCUGGGAGGUUCCCAUAGGUCUUGCAAUUUCCAGAAUGAAAUUAAUUUGUCUUGUUAGAGGCAGAUUGUGGUUUUAACAAUAUUCUUUUAGGGUUAUAGUUGUUUGCAAGUGUAACCUGGAUUCCUAAUGCCGUAGUGUUUCUUUAAUCCACUAAAACAUUUAAAAAUUAAACAACUUGUAUUUAUUUAUUUAUUACAUAAAUCUCCCAGACCAGAGAAGGUUCCAAGGGUCAGAAUCUCUUUUCAUGUGUACAGUGUCUGAAUUUAUCCCAUAAACUCCUGCCAAGCAUGGUUUAUUGGAUAGGUUAUUUUAACCCCCAGCUGCUGUUCCACUCAUGGUUUAGCACAAGUGGGACUUAUUUACAAGCAGCUAUCAGUUUAUUCAAGCCUGGUUCACAGUUUUGUAAGAUGGGCUGUGUGAAGUGAUGAUAAAAGCUCCUGCAUUUUCAUGCGCAACUUUGGAUAAUCUGAAGCUUGAAAGAGGUAAACCCCCCUUCCCCCAUUGCAGUAGUUUUAAACCACAUGGUGACCGGUUGAGGGUACUCUGUACACUAUAAUUUUUUGCAGUGGUACGCAGUUGUUAUGGUUUUUGUGUGACACUUCACAACCCCUGGGAUAUGAUUGAUAAUGUUUCAAGUCUCAACCGAUGGAUCUGGUAGCUAAAGCAUGUUCUUAUCAAGUUCAAACCAUGCUAUUUAACACAUCAGUUUCCCUUUUCUUUCUUAGGUGGUCAGGUCGCAACCAUCGCGAGAAGAUUGGGGUCCAUGUCCAGUUUGACCAGAUGCUGAACAUGGAGCCUUAUUGUUGCAGAGAAUCUACUUCAGCCCUGCGGGCUGAAUGCUUUAUUUAUGACCUGUCUGCUGUAGUAAUGCAUCAUGGGAAAGGAUUUGGUUCUGGGCACUACACAGCUUUUUGCUACAACCCAGAAGGAGGUAUAGUAUACAUAUAUUUGGUAUUUUAAGCUCUUGUUUUAGAUUUUGUGUGCUUUAAUAAUUUGUGAAAUAAACGAGGGCAUUAAACUAUUUACAUCCUGUCAUUGACUUGAUUCCGUUCAGAGUUAUCCACUAAAGUGAGCAUUCAAAGUCUCAUCGAAGGCUAAAAAAGCCAAACUAGAACAUCCAUUUUAAGUAACGGAGCUACUUUGACCUUAAAUUUAAAACUCACUUUGAAUUCCCAACAAUUUUCACUUUUGAGAAUAACCCGGUAAGCUUUGUGCACCAACAUUAAUGCAUUAAGAGACAAAUCACCUUUAAGAGCCCUUCACCUUUUUUAAGAAGUGAUCUGAAUGCAGUCUUCUCUUUUGAUAAAACUAUUUUCACUACACCUUGAAUUAUUGAGGAUUAACAAGGGAAUCAUCAAUUUUAAAGGCACACUAAAGUGUUAAAACCAUCACUUGGCCCUACCUUGCCAACCUAAAUAUAGUAAAAUCUUACUUGUAUUCAAGUCUGAAGCUGCUGCCUCUGCCUGCUGACUUCAUCAGAAGUGGUGGUCUGAUCCAAUCGCAAUGCUUCCCCAUAUGAUUGGCUGAGAAUGUCAAUGAGGCAAAUCAGGAGCAGAGCCAACACAAGUCAAACACAGCCCUGGCCAAUCAGCAUCUCCUCAUAGAGAUGAAUUGAAUCAAUGCAUAUCUAUGAGGAAAGUUCAGUGUCUGCAUGCAGAGGGUGGAGACACUGGAUGGCAGUACUGCUCACUGUGCAGCACUGCCCAGGAAAGCACCUCUAGCAGCCACCUGAGAAGUGGCCAGUGGAGGUAUCACUAGGCUGUAAUGUAAACACUUUCUCUGAAAAGACAGUGUUUACAGCAAAAAGCCUGAAGGUAAUGAUUCUACUCACCAGAACAAAUUCAAUAAGCUGUAGUUGUUCUGGUGACUAUAGUGUCCCAUUAAGCCAAAAUGGGAAAUAACAAUUCCAUCUUGGCUGUUUCCUUUCAGUUCUCAACAAUUCUAGAUUAGUGGAAACCUUUCCUAUGAUGUAAAUCCAGAGACUGCUUCUGAGGAAUAUUCAAUCUCGGUCAUGUAGAGUUCUCAAGAACAUGAAAGUAUAGAACUGCUUGUAAAUGUUGUAAUUCAACUAAAUGCCAAAUUCAUUUCAUUUCUAGGUUUCUGGGUCCAUUGCAAUGACUCAAAGCUUCACACAUGCACAGUGGAAGAGGUCUGCAAGGCACAAGCGUACAUUUUAUUCUAUACCCAGCGAGUCACUCAGGAGAAUGGACAUUUGUCUAGUAGACUUUUAGACCAUGUCACUCCUUCUGGCUCUCCACUGUCCACUCCAUGCUGAGGGAAUGAUAACCCCAGGUAAAUGAAAAGUAAAAGCGCAACUUCGUGUCUCGGAGUUCUGUCAGAUCAGCCAUCUUCUCUUGUACGUGUAUAUACCUUCUGUUACUUGUUUACGUAGAGAGAACAGAAGACGACCUGUGAGCAUUCUACACUGCUGAGCUGUGUGAUGGGGCUGCCAUAGCUCACUCGAUAUCGCGCAGUGUUUAUGGAGGAUGAAAUUAAUUAACAGUACUUAAAGUAGCAGAAUCAAAAGUUCUUGUAAGCUCCAAGAUUGUAAGAAAAUCUGUUGUUUAAUGUACAAUAUGUUUAUACUUUUUUGUAUGGAAUUAAGCACUCUGAAAAAUAGAAUAAAAUGAUUUUAACAUUUUGUA